GCGUGCGCGUACCCCUCUAUCGCGUGGUGGGGAUCAUCCAUAUUGCUGCUAGUGGUGGAGUUAAGGUUGUAAUCUUGAGAGGCCCUCGGACACGUUUCUUUAUUUUACAUAUGUUUUAAUUGAGCACGAAGUACUCUGCGUCUUAGACUGAAGCUCUUUUGGUCUAGGAGCGACAGAGGAGCGGCAGACUCCGCGGAACAACUUCACAUUUCCUUGAUAUUGACGGCGAAUUCGGGCCGGGGGGAGGACUGGUAAUCCUGAGGGGGGAAGAAAGACGGCGGUGGGAAAUGGCCACUCAGGUGGAGACUCUCCUGCCCGGCAACCCGCUCGCGAAAGCGGAGGAGCACGGUAAAGUGAUCCGCGGUGAGCCGGAGGAGGAGGAGGGCGGCCGGGGCGACGGGGCCAAGCGGCAGACGGGUGUAGCCGACCAGGGGAGCAGCAGCAGCGGCAGCAGCCCCGGGCAGGGAGGAACCCUCGGUAUGGAGGAGCAGACCUCCAAAGACGCGACAGAGAUGGGCAAAGAAGGCUGUGACAGCGACGAGAAGCAAAACGAGGAGGGCGGUAAAGGCAGAAAGGAGUUUACUGAAGCUCCCCCGCCCAAGGUGAACCCGUGGACUAGGAAAAUGAACGCGGUGACCGUGGUCAGCGUGAAUGGACAAGCACACCACGGUUUGUACCCCUCCCUACACGUUGAUUUACAGGCUGUCAGUGUUGUGUUUGCUGUCUGUACGUCCAGGUGUGGUCACAGGAGACUACCGAGCAGCUGUCACAUACUUCAGAUCACAUAAUUGAACCAAAAAGAGUCAAAGAGAGGGGGGGUGCACACAAACACACCCCGGCUGUGGCCGCCCUCUUGUUGCACCCUGGAAGCUGGUUAUAUUUGGAGUGAAAUACCCCCUCCUCAUCCUCCACCUCCUCCAAGUGAUGGCUAUUCUUGGUGUCCAGGGUGGGAGAGGGGACCCAUGGGUGGCUCUGAUUGUGUUGCACACCCAUGAAUUUAGAUUCCUGUGCAGAGAUCUGGUUGUACACUCGUUUUACUUUCACUACAUGCAAGGAGAAUAAUCUCAACUUUGCUGUGCAUCCACAACAGAUGAGCAAAUUUACUCUUAGUCAUGAUUUAAAGUUACUGUGCAGGUUCACGUUGUGUUAUGGUGCAAUGGUUGUAAAGUUGCUCCAGUUGUGUCAUUCUUGCAUUGACAAUUUCAGCCGUGUCAUUGUGCAUACUCUACCUCAAACUAAGUAUACCUAUCUCUGCUCUCUCUCAUGUUUAGCCAGCUUAAGCCCAAUGUCCUACCUCUCUAGUGUGAUUAAUCCUCAGCCUCUUAGUAACUCUCUCACACACUCACACACCCCGUGUGAUUGCCAAAUAGUUAAGACAGAGGUUACAACUCUAGAACACAACCACGCCGAGCAUUAACGACACAUCCGCCCAUGUCUCAGAUUGCAUCAAUUACCAGAAAAAAAGCCACGAGUCUGGCCGGGUUGUGGAGCUACUUAGCCGAACAGGUGUUAUGUCGUAGAAUGCACCCCUUGACGAGAGCGCAAAAAAAUGGCGAAAUAAUCCAAGUUUUCCUCACCGUUGGAUGGAUUUAAAAGCGUUUACCUUUAAUAAUUUCAUUCAGAAUACUCAGAUAAAGCGAAAACAAUAACCCUUUUAUUCGGAAUAUUUGCUGUCUUGAAAAUAUUAUGUUACCUACCUUGACAGCUAACUGUAACGGUUAACAGUGAGUUAACAGUUUACAUACUCAAGUACACCUCUAUAUGUGCUUUUUUUAGACACGUAAAAACAGUUAACACAUUAAAAACUGCUCCAUUUGAUGUGUUGUCAUGAUUCAACACUCGUUUUUUUCUACAUUUGAGAUCAUUUUCUUCGACUUUUAAGAAGCUAAUGAGUGGAUCGGAUGCAGGGGGGGCAUUUAGCAGGGGUGCAUUCUGCGACUGAACACCUCGGCUAACAAUAGCGCGCACACACACACAUACACAGUCCCCUCUUCGGCCUAGUUCGGCGUCCGAGCCUCUCCCGAUCAUCUGCUAGCUUAGCCUCCAACUCCUACAUGCACAUUACAAGUCAAGAGUAUCUGCUGGGUCAUUUUAAUAUGUUUCUCGGUGUUGAAGCACAUUGUACUAAUGAUACCGCAGCUCGUUUAAUCGGUAAAUUACGAGCAGGUUUGUUAUGAGACGUCACGUGUUCACUCCACGUGUUCCCCGAGAGAAAGGCAUGGCCGCUGCUGGCUAGUUAGCAUCACCGCUGCAUCGAAUCAGAGCAAACCCACACUCGUGUUUCAUUAAACGCUCCCCUGUAGAGUAAAGUUUAGUUAUUUUGUGGUUUAUUAUCCGGUUGUCAUGUCUCGUACUCGGUAAUUUGGCUCAUAUCUCUGAUGGGUGCCAACCCAAACAGCUAACUCUAGUUAGCAUGGAAGCUAACAAGCAAUCCAUGGAGGAGAGUCAUCCCUGCUCCUGAAUCAUCCCACAGCAUAAAAGUUGUUUGAUAACAACCAAGUGCACAUGGGGCAUGUUAGUUAGUAAUGGGAACACUGUUUUAAAGUUAAAGCCACAUUUCUUAACAUAACAAUAGUGAGUAAACGACAUGGAGAAAGAAAGUUUCCUGCUCUGUGUUAAAGCAACGUGGUGUCCUGUCUCUGCCAUGUGUGCUUUCACCUCUAGACACAGCAUGUUAAAGGUUAGUGUUGUCUUUUGUGCACUGGCUGGUUUGACUGAUGUGCAGAGGAAUAGGAAACAAAUGUAGACUUUAGAUUGAGGGUACAGUCUGUACCCUGAAUCAGGAUAGGUCUGGGUGGGUUUGAUGGAUGUGCUCCAAAAGCUGUCACAUCAGCAAGUAAACUGGGCCUGGAGCCAGUGGUGGAGAUAACCAGGCAGGGGAGGCCUCUUGAGUUUGUGUUACAUUUUAAAAAUCCUAAAGCUUGAGUUUUGUUUUAACUUCUUUUUCCUUGUAUCUUCCCCUAUUUGCUGCCUUUUCAGAGUAAAUAUCAGCUCUAAACAGAGGUGUAAAGUGACAAAAGCCCUCCAGUUUUCUAAGAGAGGCAAAUGUAAAUGUUCUUUAUUCAUACAGCCCUUUACAACAACCCUUUCAGUGAACCAAAGUGCUUUACAAUACAUAGAAAAUAAAAAUGAAUAAAUAAAAAGUAAUAGAAAAAGGAUAAAAUACAAUGCAGUAAAAUUAAGUGUCACCACACUGUUUUCAGUCGGGAUUUGAAAAGGCCCAGGUCGGAAAUAAGUCUCAUUAGUUUGGGACCAGCAGCUUAAAAGGCUUGGUCACCUCCAGCAGAAGUUGAUUUGCCGACCUCUGAGCUCUCCCCAGCUCCCUAACGGUUAAAAGCUGAGUUAUAUAGAUGGGAGCAAGGCCGUUAAGAGAAUGUGUGACCGUAAUGAUGAAUCCUGCUUGUUCCUCUUUUCAGAAGGUGAAAGUUUAACAUUUCUUUGGUUGUUUUAUGAAGGUAUUUUCACCCUCUUUGACGCUCUUCCCCUUAUACGUUUUGUUAAAGUUAGUUUUGUUGGAGUAAUUGUCCUCUAUUCACCGACUUUUCUAAAGAGUAGCUUGAACCUUAUCAGUUGUGUGUGCCUUUUGUGUCCUUGAAACAUAUCCAGACUUCUGUUCUGGAUAAGAACACCAGCUGAAAGGCAGAAACGGUAUUUCCACGGCUCAGGCGGUGGAAGUAAGUCACUAUGUAAGAGCUCAUUUGUUGAUUGGAUUAUAACCAGGCAGCACUUUACACAAUCGUGUCAGGGCUGCCAAAACGGACAGCAAGUAAAAAUCCCCUUUCUCAUAUUCCCUAUAUGAACUGGGAACUUUCAGGCUCGUAUAUUUCAAAUAACUUGCUGUUCACACUUGCCGCUCACAUUGGGAGAUAUAGUGUGUUGAACAGCCCCACACAGCCGGGUGGACUCUGGAUAAGGUGAGAGGAGGGGUGGGGUGGUGUGUCCAGCAGCAGGGGUCUGGUGAUUAUACAGACAUUUUUGUGAUAGAAGCACAAUGAUAACUGCAAACUGAAGGGAGCAGUGAAGAGUAUCAACACUAGGGCUGGGCGAUUUGGGAAAAAGUUCAUCACAAUAUAUAUUUUUUCAUAUCAGUUGAUAUAGAUAAAUAUCAGGAUAUAAAAAAUUAAAUCUACAGUGUUUAUUGGUAGCAUGUCUUUUGCAAAAUAAUAAGCUACUGCAUCAGUGAGGUCUAUGUGUCUCUUCGGGGUUUUGCGAUAGAGAAAGCGGACUGAAUGGUCGGCUGCACAGGCGCCAUGAGCUCCUUGCCUAGCUCGGGGUUUGUAACCUUUCGCAUUGCACGUGCUCUGCCGUGUGGCGCUGCUUUAGGUGGUAAAAAAGAUUUGAGGUAUUCCCCGACUUUGCGUGAACAUGUACUGGACAGAAUUUGCAGUGCACAUUACUCUGCUUCGUGUCCGACCUCAAAAAAACAAAAUACCUCCACACCACCGAUGUUUUUGUGUCAGUCUUGUCGAAAAUGUCUUCAUCUGUAUUUCUGUCGGGGGUAACACUCAUUUCUUUUUUUCUCACUGACAGUGCUGUCGUCUGCUGUCUGCUACUACACAGUUGUUUGCUACUUGGUUCUAAUUCAGCACAUGAUUGGUUCAGCGUGAAGCGGACCCUCAGCAACUCUCCUUUUCAUUGGCUAGUCUAGGGCUGAAACGAUUUUCUCUGCCUCAAGUUCUCGUUUAUAAGCUCAAAUCAUCACUGUUUUGCACGUAUUCUUUUGAAGGUGACACAAUGCACUUACGCUUAGCUUGUAGCCUAACAUUGCUGGUGUCGUAGCAGAAGCAGGUAACAUAGGAGCGACUCAGCUUUCGGACACUAAUGUCUUUAGGAGCUUGAUUAUAGUUAACAUAAUUAGCUUUCUUACGAGCAUUGCAAUCCGCUAACGCACACGCUUGUUCCACGAUUGUCCUCUAUUUCUCAGAGUCUGGCCUUCAUUGCGGGGCUAUAGGAAAUCUAACUUUAUGUGAGUCUGCCGUUUAGGUCCAAUUACUUGAGUAAUUAGAAUAUUCAGUAGAACACUCAAUUACUAAAAUAUUCGAUAGCUGCAGCUCUAGGCUAUUGAAAAGCAUAUUGACUGUGUUUUAUAUCGAUAUUGAGGGAUUUUAAUUUUAGAUAUAUAUCGUUAUUGUUUUAUCGCCCAGCCCUUAUCAACACUAUCGAACUCUUAUCACCAACAGUUUGAUUAGUUUGAGUUCUUUAAAACCAGCUUCAUGAUCCCAGGUUAGUUCGAACUGCAAGUCAUUGUCCUGAGUAAUCUGCCUCCCCAUUGGACCAGCUGGGUCUGUGGUUAUACAUGACUCGGUAAAAUAACACAGACACAGUAGGAUGUCACAGUGUGCUCAUAUUUACAUUAAUCAGAGCGAAUCGUGUGUAAGAUGACAGGUAAAAGUGAAUCUUGUACCAUCCAAAAAAAAAGCGUUUUUAUGUCCUAGAGUAGUGAGGGACAGGAGCCACAGGCCGGGACUGAACUUGGAACCUCUGCACAUGGGGCACACGCAGACCGCUAGGCCGGCCUGUAGUCAGUGUUUCGAUCCCAAUAAUGAGUCCUGUUUUUAUCCAAACUCUUCAUCAGCAAUGGUGAAGUUAAAGUGAACACCCUCCACCUUUAAAACCAAGGACAGACCAUCAGCUGACUGAUCACGAGCAUGUAAGUCUGAGGGAUGGACGACAUGUUCACCCUGUCCGACCCGAUCUUUAACUCUUUGUGUCUCCACCUGACGGAGGAAACUUUACAUGGAGCGGUCAGAGAGGAAGAAGAAUCGUCUUCAGUUGUUCUUGAAAAGCUGCAUUAAAAAGUAAGAUGGAGAAAAGGCGUUUGAUUCAGUAAGUGCAGCAGUUGUAACACGGAUAAACUCCUCUGGGUUUGCUGCCUUUGGCCGCUGCAGGCCUGAAUUUGGCAAAUGAAAUCUACUGGUGGUAGUUUUAUAGCUGGUCUGACAUUUAAUGUUUGGCAUUUCGCUGAAUCACUACUCCGUGACGGGUCAUGUGACUGUGUGCAGGGGUGAUAUGUGUGUUUGCUUCGCUGGUGUUGUUUGGAUAUUUGAGUUUGCUACGAGUCUCAACAGUCGAAGCAGAGGAACAGAAGCGAGGAUCUGAAGUAAACCUGAGAGAAGUUUCGAAGUACCUGGUCCAGGAUUGAGUCAGCGCCACAGAAAACAGCGAAAUGUCUCAGCCCAGUCAGUGUGUUUCUUACCCCUGAGGUAGUUUAUGGUCAAUCAGGGAUAAACCCACCUUCCUCCUCAGAACAAGGGUACCAGUGUCUCUUUAGAAGCAGCAGACCCCCUCCUCUUGGAUUUCACCUCCAAAAUGCAAAGAAAACAUUGAUUUUACAGCGGUCACAGCGGUUUCAAGAUCUAAUUUGCUGAGAAGGAGACCAGACUGAGUAAAACAUGUUAUUGAUCGAACUGUCGGACGAAUGAAAUAACAGCAAAGUACGUCCGCUUUAGCUCCGCGGGUUAGUGAGAGGAUAAAACAGCUGACUGGAAACUGGGAGCAGAGCUGGAAGUCAUUUCUAACAGGUGUGCAAAUGUGGAGUCGUUUUGCACGAUUCUUCACGUCAACAUGAGCCGCUCGGAUCAAAGUGAAAGUACGUUUAGUGGAGGACGAACUAUCAGGCAGCCACAGGUGGAGAAAGCAGGCGGUUGUGUGCUGAGCGGCUGCUGUCACGUCUUCAUCACCUGUGUUCAUUUACGGGAGUCGAGCUCACUCUUUGGGUCUCACAUAGGCCGUGAUAAGACCCGUCCUGAAGCUUCAUUCACGGAUCAGACUUCUGUCACAGAGCGCCGAGGUCGCUGAUUGAUGUCAUGAGGUGAAAACAGUCCGUGUUUGUCCUGUAGACGUUAAACCGCUGCAGUGACACUCGUCUCUGAUAAAUAAUAGAUGCACUGACGCUGCUGAGGGACUCUGUGGACCACAGACCUUAUUUCAGACCUUAUUUUCUCCAUCUUGUUCUCUGAUUUAAUCCGAUCACUUGUUUGUGUACUUUUCAUGCAUACAGUGUUUUGCACUGACAUCUCUGGACGAGUGUUGAAGUAUGAUCCCGCUCCAUGUGUGCACGUCUAACUCCAGGUGGAUUGUGAUUUAUAAAGGGAGCGAUGCAUAAACGUCUGUUUUUAUUCCUGCUGUUUUGAUUUUUUUUUAAAGAGACCUCUGGCGUGGUUGAGGAGAUUUGGAUUCUUCUUUUUACUGUCAAACUACGACAAACAUGAGAAAAGAAAGUCCUGUACUUCAGCAUUCGAGCUGUGAGGGUUUUGCGAUCAUCUGCUCCAGACUUACAGUGCGUUGAACAUCAACCAGAGAGCUGCAGAGCGCCGUCCUGCUGCGCCGCCGCUGCUGCUGCUCUGCACACAUGCUUCCAGUUUGUCCUUCUUUUGUAAGACUUUACUGUAAUGCUCUCUGAGUGAGAGCAUGUGCUGUUCUCCUCUAAGCAGGACUCGAGGUGCUCCACAACCUCGCCAUUGUGUACUGGAGAACCUGUGGAGUCCAGGCCUCCGGCGCCUGAAUUCCUACCAGACACAGAAAUGAUAAAAACCUUUGAGAAGCGGUCAAGUUUUGUCAAAGUUACUCAGAAGUGAAAGGAAGAGUCCGCCUUUUUUUUAGUGGUGAGGAAUGCAGGAAGACACGUAGCGUUGUCUUGUUGUUGGUGUGGACCCCCGAGGGUCAAACCAUCAGGAAAGACUGGCCGGUCAGCAGCAUGAAUAAAUGUAAAUGUAGGUCUGUCAGGAUGAAUUAGCAUCCCUUUAGCAUGUUUGUUAACCCUUUUUAACACUUGCAAACGCGUCAUUGUCUUCUUUUAUGUGAAAACUCAAGGCUGCUGAAGGGAAACCUUACACAAACUUUAGCAGGACAAGAUCUGAAGAGGAUUUGUGGACGAUUUUAAUCAUGAAAAGUUGAUUAUUUUUAAUUUAAUGUGUCAACAAUUGAUAUUUGAUUCCCAUAUGUUCAGUUGUGCGACACUAAAAUGCAAAAACACAGUUUAAAUCUGCUGAUAUCUCAUGAUUGUGUCUUUGAUUGUCUCUCCUCUGUGACUCUUGUCCUCUUUGUUGUGGCCGUGAGGAAGCAGACCACCCCCCCCCCAGUCAUCAGACACCUCAGGAGCCCGUUUGUAGUUGCUUUUUAUGAUGCGUCAGGACCCUGCAAAGGUCAUGAACCUGGAAGCUGCUGCAUGUGACCGGUUUAAAAAAGGACUUCUGUUCAAGGACGGACCAUCGGCGUCACUUCUCCUGAAUGAAACUCUAAAAAACCUCCAUCACUGGAGUUGAAUCACAGAGUAACAGUUUAAUUAAUGAAAGUCUUAAAGGGAUAUUCCAGGGUAAAACACACCAUAACACUGAGUUGGACACCCCUUCAACCCCUAUCAACAGUACAUACAGGGUCCCAUCCAUAGUACUAGCCACCAAACAUGUUUUUAACUUUGACUAAUUUCUUUGGCAAAGAGACUAAAUACAACUCACCUACUCUACUCCAGCAGCCGCUUGUUUGUAGUGAGACCUCAGGCAAGUCCAUUACAGACUACAGUGGGGUGACGCAGCUCAAGGAAGAACAUUUAUGAUCAUGGCGGUUCAUCUGUCCACCUUCAGUUCUAGACUUUUAGGAAAGAAUUAAAUGGACAUCCAGAAACAGUUUUACAAAGAGAUCUGUGGGUUUGACAGGAUUAAAAUGAUACCUGAAACACCAAAGAUUCUCUCUGAACGAUGUUUGAUCUUAGACCAAACCAUAGACUGUAUAUAGAAUGGACGCCGUCUGCUUCCUCGCAGGGUGAUGCCACUCCGAGAACAGCACCCUCUGUUGAUGGGCUGCAGUAUAGGUCAUAUAUUCUGCCUCCGCCAGCAAAGCUUAUGGAGCUGUGGACAAACUUUAGAAAUUUAUUACACAGAACAUACAUUUUUCUCCCCCCUGCUUGUGAUGUUGACAUGGAGUUAUUUUAAGACUGGUUUGUGCUCAAGUCCUCUUUUUUCUGUGAAGCUCAGUUUUUAAAAGUUAUUAGGGGGUUCAUGUUUGCUAUGAUUGACACCUGAUACAGCCUAUGGGCAUUCAGGAUUGAGUAGCUCUCCCGGGGGAUACGCUGUUUGAGCCGAGCGUCAUCACAGUGACUCUCUGUGACUGCGCGGCCGAAUGCGCACAACGCUACUGCACAGCGCUGGUUUCAGGAAAUGAAGAAAAAUCCCGGAAAUAGCGAGAGCUUUUUGGCUUCAAAUCCGUAUACAGGCAGUAGGCGGAACCAGGUUGUCCAUAGUAUAUACAGUCUAUGGACCAAACCACUCGCUGGUUUUCCUGCAUUUAUUCUUGACUUUCCUGAUUGAAUAAUUGCUAAGCUAGUUAGCAGCCUAUUGUGCGUCACACUCUUGUCAGCUCUUGUCUUGGUCCGUCCAGCUCUGGCUGUUUUUAUCUGUGUCAGGUUUGUGUCAGGGCUGGAUGAUAGCGGCUCGUCCCUCUGCUGGGUGUGGACCAAGAGUUGAUGUUGUGUCCACUUUGCGGUGUAUCAAAAUUCUGACUAAGCUCCUGCAGCUGAGGGAGUUUGGAUGUGGUCGGUGUCUACGGUUACAGCUACAGCUCAGAGGUAAACUAUUUCUACUCUCAGUCUGACCGCUGCCUCUCAGAGCUGUAAUGACCUGUCAGUGAAUGGAGCGACAAUGAGUCAGAAGCUGUUGCGAAGACUCGAUAUAAAAGGAAAAUAAACCGCCGGCCUCUAGAGUUCAGAUUAUUCACUCCAGACCAGUCACCCUGCCAACAGAGCAGAAAUCUGCAGAGUCAACUCUGACCAUUUCACUUCGAGGUUGAGGUGUAUCACCCGGUUAUGGUUUCACUUUGCUGCGACACACGGAGUUUCUCUGCAGAGGACGACCUGCACAUGUGUGCGACUUCAGGGCUGCAGAGAAAGUUCCUCUGGAGAGUCUCCUCACUUUUGUUGUCGGAAACUUAACGCCCGUCUUCUUGGGUUGAAUUUCACUCUAGUUUGAACGAUCGAAUAUCAGCGUUUACUUUCUACCAGUAGACCCCUGGGAGCUGGUGAUAUGAAGACCAGCCCAGAUCCAGUGAUCUUGUAUUUUUGUUGAGGCUAAGGGUUCCAUUGAGUUCCUGUUUUAUGUGGAAAGCAUUAAAGUCAGGAUUAGAGUGCACAGCGCAGCUCAGAGCAGCGGAGAGCUGAGAUGUUCUGGGGUGUAUUUUUUCAUAGUCGUACAGAACUUGUGCUUGUUGUGUGAUCUUUGUGAACUUGAUGAGCUGAUGUAGUUUGUUUUGUCAAGUCAGUGACUCAUCAGUCUGUCAAACAGCUGUGAGCCUCAAACCAAAGAGACCUGUUGUUGUUGGUCAAGUGUUUUCCUUUCACUGUCGUCAGUUUCUGUAACUGGAUUCUUGAACCUCUUUUACAUUAAGACAGGAGUGUAAAACCUCAUUUGCAAUUGAAAACACAUACGCCUCGUGGUGGGGUGAAGUUUCUCUGCCGUCAUACAGGUGGUGGUUAUAGACGAGCAGCAGAGGUGUGUCAGAGGAGAGGGGUAUAUGUGAAUGUCUGAAUUUGUGUUUUUAUUCGAGUGUUUGAGAGUAUUAUCAACAUUAGGAGGAUUUAUUUGUUUACUAAAGAAGAAGUUUGAAGCUUCGUUGGCCGAGCCGUCUCUCUGAAACCAGCAGAACUAUCUGAUCGGCUAAAUGUCGACUCUUACCUUCUGUUCAUGACGUUAAAAAUUCAGCUGUUAGUAAAAUUUAGCUGGAGACUUUAAACAAAGUUUUCUGUUGGAGUUAAAAAUUUUGACUCAAAAGUUUCCGAUUUUGACUCUAAAUUAUCGGUUCUUUCAUCCCUGAAAAAACCAACAUCCUGGAGUUAACCUUCAUUUCUAUUAUAAACGAGGUUUUCUCUGCUUAAUGAAGAAUGUUUAAUUUACUCACUAAUCAGGUUACAAAGGGUUUACCGAUUUGUGACGUCCAUCACUUUAUUGUUAUAUGACCUGAUGUGUGUGUGUGUGUGCGCAUAUAUGAGUGUGUGUGUCGCUGCAGCAGGGAGACGCCUCCCGGCUCUCUGCUGCCUGAGCUUCUUACUCCGCAUGAGGUGAUGUCACCACUCUGAUCAUGUGACGCCGGGUAGAGUCACUGACGUGCCUCUGCGCGUGUGUGUGUGUGAGGCAGGCAGGCAGGCGCUCAGCCGGCUCUGACUGUUUCCUCCAUAUUUGGUCGUUGCAGACCGGCUUCCCUCCUCAGACGUCACUCGGCUCUUCUCUGCUCCUGCGUGGAGGAUCAUCAGGCUGCAGGCUGUGUUAGACUCCACCGGUUUAGAUUGAAGUUGUUAAACCCUCGAUGUUUUAUUUCAUAAUCUCGAGCAGGAAGAGAUGUUGUUUGUCCUGAGAUUCAGCCGUCUGUUAAUGCACAUGACACGGCUGAUCAAGUCAGAGUAGGUGUGAAAUUACGCCGGGCCGCUGAUUGAUUGUAUUUUCUGUUAUCAGCAGGACAGGAGCUGCAACCACACAUGCAGACUGUCUACACAGGAGAUGUGGGGCAUAAAGGGUUAAUGCUUCUGGUGUCCUGCACAUGAAUCAUGGGUCAUUUUACUACAUAUGUGAACAGAGCAAAUGCAUUUUUGAGCCUGCAGCGGUGCUCUGGAUCAGGGCUGCAACUAACGAUCAUUUUCGUUAUCUACGAAUCCAUUCUUAAUUUUUGAUUAAUCACGAUUAUCUACGUCAGCACCGAUUUGGACUUCGGUUUGACGUGUGAAAGUGACCCUGUUGUCCUCUCACAGCGUAAGUCUGAACUAACAUUCGCUAAGCUAGCUUCUUCCAUGAUUUCCCGACUGAUAGACAUACGACACAAACGUUUUAUGCAUUUGUAUCGUAGGCCAAUGGUUAAUUAAUAAAUAGCUUCUUUUUGAACUCAUCUCUAAGUUAUAUGUGAUGAUACAGCGGCUCCGGGGUGUCACUGUUUAAGUAGGGUUACCUUAUUUUGAAGCCAGGAGUCACGGAGUUAUAGAGAGUAAUUUAUUUAGAGAGUUUUUCAGGUUGGAUCAAGUGUCUUUUACGUGCUUCUAACUCACUAAGUUUAUAUAAAACUUUCAUACAAAAUCACGGACAUUUGAAGGAUUUUAUAAACUCCCCUGGACAAAGACGGACAAACCCGGACAGGUCAGACAGCACCCCAAAAAAAGAGGACAUAUGGUCACCCUAGUUUAAGGUGUUUGUGUAUCGCCGCAGUGAUACCUCAGGAUGAGAUUUGAGCUUCACAGAGAUCACAUUUAACAAGUUUCACUGGAUUAUUUUCACUUAGUUGUUCCCAAACUUCGGAAACUUUGAGUUGGAGUUUUUUAGCCCCUUCGUCUGAUUGAUCCGUCAUAAUUCCUCCAACUCUGGACCCUGCAGCGGUCGAUCCCUUUUCUCUGUGACUGUGAAGUAUUGCAUGUUGACUUACUGACACAUUCAGUCCUCUGCAGAAGAUCCAGAGAGCAGCAGAACCGUUUGCUCUAAACCAGCUCAGAACGACACGGAUCACUCUGACAGUUUAGGGAUGGGCCGUCAAAACCAGGUUCUGGAUAUUUCAAGAAAUUCAGUGACGUUCGAGCUCAUGAAGUCUGCUGUUGAGCCUCGUAGGUACUAUAGGGCUGGGCGAUAAACCGAAAAUUUACCGAUACUGAAAUUUACGACAAUAACCAACGUCUUUUUGCCCUUAUCGGUAUAUUCGGUGUCAAAUAAACAAAUAAAUCAGAGUUGGUUUUUGAUGUGUGUAGGUAGGCUAUGGUCUCAUGUCCCUUAAGACGCUGUCCUACAUCAGAGACGUGAUUCCACCCCAUCCAGUCAAAGAGGGAAAGACAGGUGAGGAGACGGUUCAAAAGUUGUAGCGGCUGAAGUAGACGAAGUUAAUGUGGGAGGGGGUGAUCAGCUUGUGGAGUAGUUAUCGUCCAUUCAUCGUUAUCGAGGUGAACUGAUCAAUAUAUGGUGAUAUUGAUUUGAGGCCAUAUCGCCCAGCCCUAGGUACAAGACUUCAGUUGCACUGUGAGUCGUGGAUUUGCUCCUCUAAACGUAUAAAUCCAGAACGAUCUGAUCGCAGAGUGAUCGUAACAAGAAAUGGACUCGACUCGCCUUAGAAUCCGGCUGAGGCUCGGCCCGUUUCCCGACACUACCGCUGUGUUUGUCUGAGCCCACAGAGCCGACGUGGCACAAGGGUUAUUUAUAGGAUCCACCAGCCUGUGAUACCCUGUGGGCUCCAGAGCAGGUAUUGUCACUCUGUGUGUGUGUGUGUGUGUGUGUGUGUGUGUGUGUGUGUGCGCUGCAGCUCUCAUGGGAACAGGUCCUCGGUCUCCACCUGAGGGGCGUACUCUGUGACUUUCUGAGAAAAAGCGAGUCUGUGGCGUCUGGCGAGAUAAGAGCGAGGAUAUGUGACGGACAGCUCCAGUUUUUAAUCUCAAUUAAAGAGGCAGGAAAGUGUGUUAAAUGUGCCGACUGAUCCCGUUUCGAGCCAACAUGGCAGACUGAAGAGAAGUAGCAGAUUCGAGCAGACAGUGGGAGAGAUAAUGGUAAAUGUGCGCCGGCGGGGGUUGGUUGUGACUAAUGUUAAUGGUAGCCUGUGGCGGUCGGGGGUGCAACAACCGACUCUGAGUGCAGUGAGAAUAAACACAGAGAGGAGAGGAGGAAGAGAGUGAAAAGAGGGAGAGACGGACGGAGGAGAGAGGGUGAUGAUGGACCUGAGAGCGAGCGAGCGAGCGAGGGAGAGAGGGCGUGCUCCUCUUAUUGCUGUUUGUGUUUGCAGGAGGAUCUAAUGACAGAGGAAAACGGCGUCUCCUCCUGUCAGACGGCAGUUUCACAGAAAUGUCACGGCUUCUGUUUGAACACGCCAAACCGUGUCAGCACAGAGUUUGCACGCCGCCGUUGUGUCGCUGCUUCUGUAACUGAUAAAUAAAGAGGGUCAAACAUGGCGGACACAUCAGUAAACUUCAGCGUCUGUUACGAGUUUUAUCUGGUCAUGAUUGGACGCACGGUGAGGUCUCGUUGCGCAGGUUUGUUUUGGUGCGUCAGGUGGUUGUCGUACAGUUUGUUGUGUUGUUAGUCGUGGAUUGAGGAAGAAGAUGAAUUUGAAGAAAGUCUUUCCUUGUAAUUCCAGAUUUGUCAUGUCACUUCCCUCCGUAUGUCUUCACUCAAUCCUCUUAAACACAUAUAUACACCCUCUUUUCAUCGAUAAGUGUUUGUUGACGUCCUUUACAAGCUGCUGAUCAUUUUUCCUGCAGGAUUUCCUUUUUAUUUAUUUAUAAAUCUUCGUCUUUUCUUAAUUUUUCAGUGAAUCUGACUGAUGCAGAUUAUUCGCUAAACACAGAGCCUGAAGAGUUCACAGAGUCCAGCUUCAUGGUACCGGACAUCUACGCCCACAUAUGUUGUGCUAGCUUUACGGCGUACCCCCCAGCGUGUCCUUGAGUUUUAGAGUGUGUAGCGCUCUGUAGCUGUCUCUCCUUCCUACCUGUCAGGUCAGACAGUUUUCAGGGGGCACAUGCAGACCGGAAGUUUCCGCUGUCAUCAGAAAAAAAAAACGUAAAGCUUUGAUAAGUGACUUUCAGUUAGUCUGUGAUAAGUUCAGUCUUUCCACGGCAGCAAAACAUGAGGAAAAAAAAAACAUCCGGUCUGUCGCUGAUGGGUUUGUCUGCUUUUGGAUAUCAUAAUAAAGACACCAAUAUGAAUUUUGGCCUAAUUUACAAAUGCCAAAAAACUCCUUAUAGUAGCUUUAAAAUCUUGUGUUUAUAUAGGAGUCAGGCGGUCAGAGAGGUAUCUGUGAACUUUGCUCUCAGACUUCAUUUUCUUAAAGUUGCAGACAGGUCAGAGCAGUCUGGAUGUUUGUAUUGCUCUCAGUUGUUUCCUGCUACUUUUUACAUGAUUUUUAUUCACAAAUUACUUUUUUUCGUAUCUUUAGACUCUUAAGUUAUCACAGUUUUAUUCUACGGCAGCUGCAGUUUUAAAUAAUUGUUGUAGAAAAUUUGAAAAAACUAAAUUUUCACGUAAAAAGUCACAUUUAUCCUUUAUUAGGAUAAAAAGUUAUUGUCUAUGUAAGAGCGUCUUAUUUUGAAAAUCCUGCAGUGCUGACUGUAGGACUUCCUGAGGAGCAGCAGCUCACAGUCUGGCAGACGUCCCGGUCCUGAGAGUCUCUCCUCUGACCUUUUAAACUAUCAUCUCAUAUCAUCUGAGAACACCAAACGCUGAGCGGCGCUGAGCGAUGGUCACCAGCUACGAAGGUCAACGCUGAGUCUGAUGAAGUAUAAUGAAACAGAAGCUGCACGGCUGAUAGAGUUACUAAAGGAUCCAGAGGCAGUCGAAGAUUAUUUAUAUGAACCAGGGCUGUCAUCAACUAAAUAAAGCCUUGGUCGACUAAAACCCUGAAAUUUUCGCCCAAAAAUUGACUAAUCAGAGGAACAACGCGACUCUGCGGGGUGAAAAUAUACUGAUAUCAGCUCAAGAAGGCAAUUAAACACAAAAGGCUAAAAUAUAAACAUUCAGCAAACCACCGGAUGUUGAUUAACGUGGACGCUCUUUAAUCUUCUGUCUCCAGCCGGUCUUCAGUAGGUUUGGCGAAUCCAAAACGGUGAAAACAAGGAGGGUGUUCUGAGACAGGCUGUUACCUGUAAAACAGGGGUGCUCUGAAAAAACCCCAUUAGCAUUUGGUACGUUCCUCCUGAUGAAAUUGACCAUAGGCCUUAAAUUGACAUGGAAAAAAAUUGAGUCAACAUAUGGACCAAUAAGUCAACCAGUCGUCUAGGACUUUAUAGCUCUAAUAUGAACUGUACUAGCUAACAAGUUAUCACAGUGUUAGCGCUCCGUCAAAGACACAUUAAGACUGAUUGGCUCUCAGUCGUCGUACAUAUUUGUGUAAAAAAGUUAAAUUCUUCAACAUCUGAAUGUCAAAUAAAACUGCGGCCGUGUUUCUCUGCUGCUCUCGCUCUCAUUAGCUUUAUCACAAUUUUGCCGUCCUCGCUUCUCAACUGCAGCUUUUUUCUUCAUUAACAACACGAGGACUUCCUGUAUUCAGCCCAGAGCGAUAGAAAUACUUCGUCUGACCCUGAGGUUGAAAACUGAAUGAACGCGGCGUUGGUGAGGUCACCCGUUUGUUUGUAACCAAUAGGAAUGCUGACUCACCCUGACUUAAGGUCAACCUACUACAAGUCGGCCUUUAGCCUCUGUCAGGUCAGCCACAUCACUGAUUCACCGUUCUUGUUACCGUGGUAACUUUGAAAUGAACUCGAGCCAAUCAGAGCAAAGCAGGGUGUAAACACGCUUACUCUUGCUUAAUGUGCUUCUGCAGCGAGCCUCUUGUGGACUCUCGAGGUACUGCAGUUUUUAACAUGUCUGCAUCUGUGUCAUUUCUCGGACCAAAAGUAGCUGCUUGGUUUCACCUCACAGGACUGAUGCAUGUUUUUAAGAUGAUCACUCACAACCAAGUCUGUGUGCAUGAGAGAGAGAGAGAGAGAGAGAGAGAGGAAACGAGGCUUAGUUAAAGACACGACACGCUUGUUUCAGAGCCGGGUAAGAGUCCCUCUGUAACGAUGACGAGGCAGAAUAACUCCCGUGUCACUCUUUCAUCAGCUGACCCACUUCCUGUGAGAGGCAUUCAAAAUAAGAGCCCGAAGAAUUCAGGACAGACACACUAAAGCAGCUAUUGUCGGAUUUCAACACAGGACUGGAAAUAUGCAGCGACCUCACCGUGUAUCUGCCCCCCCCCCCCCCCCCCUCCCUCAGCUUCUGUGCUGGCCGGUCAAACAUGCUCUGUCAUGCAGCAGCGUGACGUGUCUGAAAACUCUCACUCUGCUGUUCAGACUAAGCAGAUAAGGGCGGAUCAAAAAAAAAAAAGAAACUGCAGAAAUUCCUGCAGAGUUUUUACUUAAAAUAGCAGAAACAGUUUCCUAAGUUUCUACGUCAGGCUGCCAGGAGGAGACCUGAGUUUCUCCCGGAUGUGGUUUAAUGUUUACGCUGAAAAGACGGAAAAAGGAAGAGAGAAAAAAACGACUAAGAGCCUGAUCUGCUUCUGUCUGUGAAGGUUGUUUCCAAGUGAAUGAAAGGUGGACUUCAGAUAUUUACCUCUGGGAAGAACAGCCGAUGUUUCCUGACCUGUGUGUUUGUGCUUUUCUGAAUUAACCUAAACAUUGUCUGCUGCACAGGUCUCUGUCUAGGGCUGGGUGAUAUGUCCUUAAAUCAAUAUCACAAUAUAUUGAGCAGUUCACCUUGAUUACGAUAAUUAGACGAUAACUACUCCACAAGCUGCUCAGCCCCUCCCACAUUAACUCCGUCUACUUCAGCCGCUACAACUUUUGAACCGUCCUCCAUCUCCUCACCUGUCUUUGCUUCUCAGGGCUCGACAGUGGGACCAUUUCAUUCGACUAUAAAUAGAUGUGUGCGAAUUGUAAAAUGUAUUUAGGGUCACAUGUAAAUACCGCGGCGAAGUUAGUUUUAGGUUGGAUAACCGACUGAUAUUAGCACUCAUCUACCGGUGUCUUCUCACUCUCCAUAACCAGGAAUAGUGACAGCAGCACGGUUAAAUCAACCUCGCCAAGUGCCAAUGAGCUCCAGUAGAUCUUUAGCAAUUCACUUCUGAGUCGUGGGCGGAGACAGCACUGCUCUGUACACUCCUCUUCACGCUAGAUUGUAGCCUAACAUUACCGGUGUUGUAGAAGUGGCAGGUAACAUAGGAGCUAUUAGUGCAGCUCUCGGGCACUACUGUAUUUUUCGCACUUUAAGGCGCACCACCAGUGAACGCGUCUAUUCUCGUCUCUUUUCAUACAUAAGGCGCACCAGAUUAUAAAGCACAUUCAGCCAAACAAAACAGUCAGAUAAGUCAAACUUGAUUUAACUCAUUCAAUAACUCCGUGAGGCUACGGUAGCUGCAGUGCUCCGACAAGCCAAAUGGAUUUUAAGUGCGCCUUAUAGUGCGAAAAAUACGUUAAUGUCUCCGGGGACAUAAUCAUAGUUUAUAUCAUAAGUAGCUUUCCUACGAGCAUUGAAAUCCGCUAACACAUGCUUGUUUCACGAUAAUUGCACUUAAAAAAAAAAGUUUUAUCAGAUAACUUUUUCGACACGAAUAUACCAAUAUUGGCAAAAUGACGUUGGUUAUUGUCGUAAAUUUCAGUGUCUGUAAAUUUUCGGUUUAUCGCCCAGCCCUAUGGCAGACUUUUAACCUGUUUUUGGACUGCAGCUUCUAUCAUCAGACUGAAACCGGUUCUGAUGCCUCUUUACAGCCAUCAUUAGCAAACAUAAACCCCAGUGAGGGGGCGGAGUCAGAGCAGAUGAUUGACAGCAGCCUCAUUUCAUGUUUCCAUGGUGAAUACUCUUAGAAAAAUAAAAAGGGCUCUUUCUGCUGAAAAUCCCUGGAGGACUCAUGACUGUGACACAGUUUAGCAAAUGAGAUGAAGCAAAGGUCAACGCCGGGCUGUCGGGGAGCGCCACUUUAGUCUCUGUUUGACGAUUUCUCAACUCUGCGGAAAUCGAUGAAAUGUUCGGGAUAAAAGUUCAGAAGUCAUUUAAGGGAAAGGCGGUGAGUGUGACGGGCGCAUUUCAGAGACACCAGAGGAUACCGGAGGAUUUCAGUUAGCAGUCGAGGUUCAGCUUUGACUUUAAAUCCAUGAAUUCAGUGAUUUUAUCGCCUUCAAACGCCGAGAGAUCUCAUGAAACCUCCUUAAAGAGUAAGUCCAGACCAGACCCUUCAUCAAAACCAACACCAGGGUGACAAGAACCAGAGUCAGAAACUGUACCAAGCAGACGGUGGUUCGUGGAUGAGAUUUUGAGUCCAUGUGGGGAUUUCCACUCCAGAGUCAUGUCUGUUUUCUUACAGAGACAGGAUUCAGAAAGUCUGGUAUCAGUUUUUUAAGUUUUUCUGAAUGUUUUAUGAGAUGAUGGAGAUCCUGAAAGUCUUUUAUAGUUUUACUCUCAGGAAAAUGAUUCUGGAUUUGUUCGAUUGUCUUUGUUCAGAGUGUUGAACCCGUCCUGUGUUUACCUCGGAGAGACCUGACCUCUCUGAGGGGUCCUGUUUACACCCAGAUCUGUUUCUAACCUGUGGGACAUCAGUCACGGGUGUUUUUCUUUUAGCGUCACACGUUGUUUUCUGUGUUUUAGGCCGCUGGUAGAUUAAUAAGAGCGUCUGUUUUAACCUGUGAUCGCUGGACAAACUCUGUCAUUGUUUUUGAGGACACAGUUGAAGAUUUGUUGUCCUUUAUGAACUCUGAACAUUUCCCUUUUAAAGCUUCACCUGCUGACUUCAGGAGCAGAGUUCCCCCGAGUUUCUGCAGAGUUCAGACUCUCUCUGUAGCUCCUCGGUCUCCUCCUCCUCCAGGAGAACUUGCUCUGUGGUUGGUCAAAGUCCUCACCUCGUACUUCUGCGAAUCAGAGCUCAGAUUUUAAGGUCAUUUAUCAAACAGUUAUAUAUUAGAGUUUACACCAUGAUGGCCAUAUCUCUUCUUCUGCUUCUCCUUCUACCCCUCUUUUUCUUCUUCUACUUUUUCUUCUUCUCCUUCUUCUAGUGCUUUCUCUUCUUCUUCUUUUUCUUCUUAUGCUUCUUCUUCUACUUUUUCUUUUUCUUCUUGUUUUCUUCCUCUUCUCCUUCUUCCUUUUCUUCUUCUACCUUUUCUUUUUUCUUCUUCUACUGCUCCUGCUUCUCUUAUGCUUCUUGUUUUCUGCUUCUACUUCUUUCUUUUCUUCCUAUUCUUUUUCUUCUCUCUCUCUCUCUCUUCUUCUGCUUUUUCUGCUUGUCUUCUUUACUCCUACUUCUUUUCUUCUUCUUCUUCUUCUACCUUCUUCUUCUACCCUCAGGGAGGUGAAGUAUUGUUGUACCUCUACAUAAGCUGCUCAACAACCGUGACAUGUAAACACACUGCAGCUGAGGUCGCCUCCUCAUGUACGGCUGACGUGUGUGUGUGUGUGUGUGUGUGUGUGUGUGUGUGUGUGUGUGUGUGUGUAAGCAGCCUGCUGUGACACAGUUUCUAGGUUUUCACUUUUUUCUGUUUGUCGUCCGCUCUGACGAUCCAAUCAUAAUCUCUACCAGUCAGCUUCAUCUCUGAACUUCUUUAACGGGCUGUGUGCAACAGUCAGAUACAGGAAGUGUGAUAGCUGUGAAACCUUAUAUGGUCAUGCUGCUCAUUCAAAACCAGGAUCUGAAAUUCUCUAAUUUGAUCUUUUUUUCUAAUUCUCGGUCUGCUGAUCAGAAGUAUUUAAAAAUUUAUGUGUUUCCAGAUAAAAAUGUUUUUCUUUAUUUAGUGGUCGUUGCUGCUUGUAAAGACCUGAAAUCAUCUCUUAGUUUGACUUAUGACAGUUUCAGCAUCUCCAGCUGUUUGGUUUUUCCUGAACCGGGUCGUUUCAGAUCUGCUCCUGAAAUCCUGAAACUUGCGAAUACUUCGAGUUUUCGAGUCCUGAACAACCUGAAUGAUGACUUCAUAUCCUGACCUGAUAUCCGGAGGUCAGGGUCUAGAUUAAGACCCCUGAGGUGGAGGAGGUCUUCAAGGACAGGAUGAGUCUGUGGUGUAUGAGCAUCAGUACAAAUUCCCAUAUUUCGCUCUUCUUCUGUAGAUGUUUGGACUUUCACGUUCAGACCUCUCUCUCUCCUCCUCCUCGCUUGUCCUCUGGACUUGAUCGUCCUUAAGGAUCCUGCUGAGAUCUCCUCUGUGGUGUAACCGGCUCUGCUGAGUCCCUGUGAGCCUCUUUAACUCUCUCGUAGUCGAGUGAGGCGGCGCGGCGGCGGCCAAAGACCAGAGGAGGCCAGAUCUGUGAGUUCAGGACACGAGUCAGAUCAGCACAAUUAAAUCAGCCGGGCUGGUCUGUAGUCCGGAAGAGUGUUGACCGGGUCUGAUCAAUUAACCCUAAUCUGUUUUAUAAUGGGGAUUAUUGAUUUUACCUACAGUGGAUACUACGGUAUAUUGACAGGGUCCAGUCUGAAGGUGGUUUUUCCUGUUUUAUUUUUGGUUUUGGAUUAUUGGUUCUAAAGAACCUCUUCAUGGAUUUUUGGAGUCAAACGGCUAAAAAGGAGCCGUGUGUUUCUGUGGAGUUCGAAAUACAAAACUCUGUCACGUCUCUGUUUUUUUUGUCUGUCUUCUUGACUUCCUGUCGUCACAGAAUCUUGAUUUUAAACUCGAACCUUCUCGCUGUGUCUCCUCAGAAUCCAGCGGUCCCACCAAAGUGGUGAAAGCAGGAAACCCGCCUAAAGCCAGACGUGGAGGAAAGGUAAGACCGCUCUCUUUCUCUAUUUAUGAUUUCACUUCCUUCUGUUGUCCUCCAAAAGGAUAAGAUUGAAUUAACAACAAUCUGAGUUCACCACUUUGUCCAGAGGGGGCGCCGAAGUGACAGGACAGGAUAAAACUGCGCCUCAUUUAUUGUUUCAGGUUUACUCGUGUCUUUACAGACGAUCUGAAUAAUCAUGGAUGAGGCGCUCUGCUUUAGCGCCGCUCAAUACCAAUAAACUGAGUCUAACUGCAGAGAAAAGCCUUUAUAGUUUGUAAUUAUAGACAGUAAACUGGAUUCAAACAGGCUGUUCUCAUUAGAGUGGAGGAGGUGUGUGUGUGUGUGUGUGUGUGUGUGUGUGUGUGUGUGUGUGUGUGUGUGUGUGUGUGUGUGUGUGUGUGGUCACAGUGCAGGUAUUUAUCUGUCAGGCCUCAGGCUGUGGAGAAACCUCCCUUCACACUUCCUGCAAUGCAAAUAUGAGUUCCUGGUGAGCCAAUCGCCCCGCAGAUAAAACCCACAAAUAUCCUCAAACGUGUUUCAUUCACAACCUCCCACCUUUGACGGCGGCCGUGCUGGAGGCCGUUAACCACACCUGAACCACAGACGUUUACCAGUCUGUGUGUGUUCGGUGUGAAGCUACAGAAACAAAAACAGACCGACGUAUGGGGGGAGAUAAGACGGGAGUGAGGGAGGUUUCUGUCCGCAGGUUAGCUGAGGAGAAACAGAAAUCAAGUUUUGAAUCUUCUCUGCUUUCUGCUUCUUCAGCUGCUUCUUUGUUUGUUUCUCAGGUCGGAGAUUUCGGCGACACCAACAGCUGGCCGACUCCGGGAGAGAUCGCGACUAAAGACAUGCAGGUGAGUGCGAGUGUUUGUCUGAGAGGUGGUCGAUAUGAAGGGGGAGACAGUGACGGGAAAAUCAGGGACAACAAUCAGGUAGAUGAACAUUAUUACGAAACUUCCUGCGGCUGCUCUGGUUUCCUCUGAAAGAUCAGAUCAUAGACUCGUCGCCUUCCUGUCUUUGGCGGCAGACAGACGGAUGAAUUUUCAGUCUUGUCAGCGUAGAGCAGAAGAACCGUUUUCCCUCUGUGCUGGACUCGUGGAUUAUCGUGUCGCGUUAUCGUAUCAGCGUUUCCCUGCAAACUCAAAGUUUUUCUGUUUCAUGGAUCUGAGUCUGAGUUUCCUGCUUCUCAAAUGGAGUCAAAUCUGGCAGAGACUGACCCGCAAUUUACACCGCAUCCAGAAAGGUUGCGAAAAGGCUGUACGCGCAGAUCGCCGCUGAGCGUUUCCAUUCAAGUUCAUGUGUCAAUUUCCACCGGCUUCUUUCAGCCCCUCUAUGGUUCAGCGGACUCCCCAGCUGAACGCCAGGGUUCUAUUUUUUCCAGACGCCGCAGAAUGCCGGAUAAAUUCAGCACAGAUUAACCCGUGCUGGAAAGGAAGUCGGGCACAGACACAAAAUAAAACAUCCGGCUUCUUUUCAAAAUAAAACACAACGCCAUGCAAACCUGGGCAGGGACGAACAAGUCAAAGGUUUUCAGACAUCAUUUCACCCCGAUGACACCAUGGAUGAGGAGAUGGCGAAAAUCGUUCUGAUGCGGUGGAAAUUGGGGGUCAGUCUGUAUGUAAUUGCGGAAGUGCGAAGACUGCAGUUCCUUGAGUGUCCACGCUCCUUUCAGGUGGGUAUGUUGAGUAUUUUUUUCCUCGGCCGCCACGAUUGCACAGGGGUUCGUAGUUUUAUUGAAAUGAUGUGAACAGGCGCCAAACAGACAUUUAAAUUGAUUUAAUGAGUUAUUUUUUUAUUUCACCUCAACAUCAACAUAAAAAAUCUUAAAUAAAUCUAAAAAUGUUGAAUUAAAUCUCCGUGCGGGUGUUUCCUUCUCUCUUAUCACGUCUCUGCCUGGAAGCGUUUCAGCUCUGUCGACUCGUUUCACCAAAGCAAUGUCAUCAGACAAGAACCAGAAGGUAUUUCCUCGUUUGCCCCGCCGUCACCCCGGAGUUUUCUACAUGAGGUUAUAUUUAAGCAGCAGCCGAACAUCCUUGCCGAGCUGUUUCCUCGCCUCGUUGUCGUCAGCACCGUGUGUUUCUCACUUUCUGAGAGAACGAGUCUGUGACCUGGUUUGAACCCGGACAGUCUGAAGACAAAACAAGGUGGCUUUAAAUCGUUAGCCGAGCGGGAGUCAGACAAAAGUGGUCCUCUGAAGAGUCGAGGAGGACUACAUCAGAGACAGCGUUCUGGUGCGUUACACAUCCCUCUGUGUGUAUGUGGCCUGCAAGUCCACGAACUGGGACGAGGAAACCGCUGCACAGAUGUGCGGAUGACGCCACAGUAGGCGGUCUCAGUCACAGUCUCGGCUGCAUGUUUACGAGGACAAGGAGAGAAGUUGGGUUCGACGAAUAAACUGAAUUAUGACCUUGUGCGAUUAAACUGUUCCCGUAGACGCACUGACUGAUCUGACUGUGACGUUCGUUUUUAUCUGGUUAUUAAGUCCAGAUAUAAAGAGACCCGUGUCACAUGUGGUCCAGUCCAGACCCCCCUCUGUCACACUGACCCCCUCCCCUACAUCCUCACUUUCCUACAGCUGUUGCUCUGCAGGGGGGAUACGUCUAAUUUGUGUCGUCUUACAGUAGCAGCGCUCGUCAAUCACCGCUCAGAGACGUUUUCUAUUCCUGAUCUCUCGGCGAUUGUGUGUCAGGGGGAGAGCGACCCCCGUGACCCCCCUAUUUUAGGCAGCCAGGUCUGAGCGACAAGGAGAGACCGCAUCCCGGAGCAGGAAAAUGUAGGCCACAUUGUCAGAGCCAGGAAUAACCCGCUUCUCCGGUAGCAGGAAUCGUAGGUAGGAGGGGGCGGAGUUUAGAGACGGUGGCCAAGCCCUGGGGAGGGAUGUCCUUUUAGGGAUCCCCUUUAAUAAACCCCCCUCUGGAUCUGGGCCGCUGCUAUUCUUAGGGGGGCCUGAGUUCAGCGUCCACCACGUAACAUUUGAAGCUGUAAAUCAGUCGCUCCGGUUCACGGAUUAUACAAGCGGAGAAAUCGACCCUGAGGUUCGAUAACGAGGAGUUUGAACGGAGAGACGCUGAAGUCUGAACAUGAUAACGCCUCCUCUUGAUUUUAUUUAAAGGUUAAAAACGUCUUUUCAUGUUCGGACUGAAUGAGCAUCAGUUCACCAACACGCUGAAACACUCAGACUCAGUUUGUCCGACACACAGAUUUAUUUGAUCUCCUGUAGAAGACGUGACCUGAUGACAAAAAUAUGAGAUUGAAUCGUCAGCGAUCAUCAGACGGUCAGGUUUGUGUCUGUUGUCUGUUCCUGACACCUGACAUGGACGAAACAGACUUUUGAGCGGUUAUCCGCUGAUGCUGAUGUCAUGAGGAUAAAAUUUGUACGUCCUGUCGUGUUUUCUUCCUGAGGGGAUAACUGUGGGAUUUGACGCUUUUGCAGAAACACAUUGCUUCUUUAGACUGAUUAGAACUUUUUUCUGUUUUUGCAGCUGAAUUUUUUAUUGUCAUGACAGACGGGCCGUAAAAACAUACAAAAAGAUACUUGCAAUAAUCAUUACGAACACCGGAGCCCGAGGGCUGCAUGAUUUAGGCCAAAAAUAAAAUCCUGAUUUUUUUCUCAAAAAAACUGGAUUUCACCAAAUGUCAUUUUAAAAAUAAAAAGUUUUUCUAUCAUCUCUCAAAACUAAACCACUGAAAACAAUGUAGUGCAUAUGCCAAGCCAGUAAGUGGCGCUGUACAGGAAAUGCACAACAGUCAGAAGAAGAGUACAGAGCAUGUGUAUAAAGGUUGUUUUGGCGCCAUAAAAGAGUUGCGCUGUGUGUCACAUGAUGGUUUUCAGAGAUGCAGAUAGACAUCCACACGUAGAUGAAGUGGUCGUCGUUUAUGGAUUUAUUCACUCUCUGACCUGUUUUCAAAAAUGAUCACGUAUAGUCACCUGAAACGCCGUCUUAGUGUGGAUGAAACGCAGAUAAGACAAAAAACUGUAGCGUUUACUUCUGAACUCGUUCCCGUGGUGACGGGUUGAUACCACCUUCAGACAGACUUUGCAGCGGGGAGUGGUUUGCUCUUCAUCUGAAACUGUGAAGUCGUACCAAUUCAACACGACUGACUCGCUCUUGUCUUAUUUAACCACGAAAUUAUCGCCUUCUUUUACAAACGCCAUGUUUGUUUUGUUGUGUGUGGGAACUGGGAGGGAGAGUUUACGGUGGCCUGGAGGCAUGAGACAUCAUAGUGAGGAAAAUCAAUUUGACGAUUUUAACUUUUUAACAUUGUCAUGAUCAAAUAAUCCGAUUACGGUUUAAAAACGAUUAAUUAUGCCAUUCUGGUUUGUGUGACUGAUUAUUUUUAAAACCAUCUUCAAGCCUCCUGGUAAACGGUCAGUUUCUGAUGCCGCCACACAGACAGGGACACAGAUUGACCGAAGCACCAGUAAAACCCAUCAGCCCACUUUGACCCCUCUUCUACCGGGGUGAACAGAAAAGGGAAGAAACUGAGAGCGAGAUUUUCCCAGGACUGGUGGAUGUAAACCUGGGCGGUAGAUGAUGAAAAUGAUUCAAGGAGGAAAGAAUGAUACAGAAAAAUCCAUUAAAUCGAUAAUUGAUGGUGAAUUAUCGACAGCUUGCAGUGAUUUUUUUCAGCAUAAUAGACGCUGAAAUAAAGUCUGUUACCCCCACUCUCUUGCCACUCAAGGAGCUACCCUGUUACCUUCACGUUACACUACGUUACCUGCGCUACUCGCUAUAGACCGUGUAUAAGCUCGAACUUUACCUUUCACAUUCAUGGAAGAGCAUCCAACAGGAUUUGAUGUGUUUCUCGAUGACUCAAAACAAGUCGAAAGAUAACACUGUGUGUUGUUGUGCUCACAUGGUGCGGGUAGAAAUCAUUAGUGGCGCAUUGAUAUAAAUGAUCAAGUGAAAUUUUAGUAGUGGAGCACGUAAUUCGGCAGUGGCGCUCUUAAGUCAAAAUUUCGAGAUUAAAGUCGACAUGAAUUAAGUCGAAAUUUCAACUAUUUCAAAUUUUGACUUUAAUCUCGAAAUUUCGACUUUAAUCUCGAAAUGGAAAUAAAAGAAAUCUCCCUUCUGUAAUAUUUUUUUCUCUUCUUGUGGCCCUAAUCCUCUUUCGUACAAAUCCGAUCUAUUCAUGUCAUACUAAAGCAUUUUUCAGAUUUUGAUGAGCCAUGAAGACGAUGUUCCUUUUAAAAGAGAAAAUCCGACAUGUUCCUCUCGCUCGGCAUUGUCAGAAAGCUGCAAGGUGGACUGAAAUGUCGUCUUUUCCGAUAAUGUGUUAUUAAAAUCCUGCACACUAAGAUACAAUGCUGAAACUACGUACACCGAUAAAAAAGUGAAUCAAGUGUGUAAAACCCUUGGUGCUCUGGACGAAACCCUCCUCCAGUUUAGUCAAAGUUCAUCUGAGGAUUCAUCCACCGACACUGGUAGAGGUUUGGGUCAGAGCUGGUGAACAGUGGAGAUAAGGGGCGAUAAAAAGUCCGUGUGUAAACUUGAUCCUCCGUAUUUUUGGACCAUGUCCUGUUUGCUUCAGUGAGGUUGAUUUAGUUUGUUGAUCAUGUCAUUGUUUUUCUCCUUUUACAUGAAGGAGCUGAUAUUCAGAGUUUUUGUUCGGUUUGAAAAAAUGAUUGUUUUUUUAUUUUUUUACCUUUUCUGUCUCGCCCACACGCAGCACGCUGUGACUGUAUAUCGAACAAACAGGCGUUUAGUGGCGGCAGGUUGAAGCAGAGAAAGCCACACGCUCUCACCCCUCUCUGAGUCCAUGUCUGAGCUCUCUCAUCCGUCUGUCUGUCUGUUGGUGUCAUCACCUCUCACCUCAUGUCGUUCUUGUCUGUUUUGUCUCCAGAGUGAAACGUUGGUUCUCUCUGUGUUGUUUCUGUAUCAGGAGUCUUUGGUUGUGACUGUAACAGCGAAGCCUCCUCGGUUUCCUCCCUGCGGUGAGGAGGAGUGAAUCAGCAUCCCUCAGAUCUCCGCAGCAUUACUCUUCACAUUUUUCCGUUACAUCACACGUCUUUAUUGAUUCAGUGAAAAAAAAAAAAAAACACCUGAGCUUUAAACACAGUCGUCUACGCUCCGUUUCACACCUCUCUGUCCUCACUAAAAAUAAACGUCCCCCUCUAAUCCCAUCUGUGCAGAAAGCAGAGCAAUAAACCCGGAAAAUAUACGCCUGUCUUGAUGUAGCGACACAACAUCAGCCCAUUAGCCACUUAGCCGCUCUGGGACGUCGUCUUUUUAAACCCAGAGGGAGAUUUUCACAACGAACAGGAACACAGACGACAGGAAGUAGAUUUCACAAAAAGGACAGAUGAUACCUGCAGAGGUGAGGACGGACUCUCUGCAGGUACUAACCUACUGUUUGUGUGUGUGUUAGGGUGUAUUUGUGUGUGUGUGUACAUGUCUGCAUCAUGGUCCACCUCAUUGUCUUCUCUAAACUGCUCUUCCCUCCCUCUGUUCAGAUCGAGGCAGUGACACGGACCGUGUCCUGCCCGCCGACUGUCAGGCAGGUCAGAGACUCGUGGAGAUUCACUGUAAGUUCAACCUGCAGCCUCUGAAAACCUGCAGCCUGCCUGAUUUUCAAACCUAUAACCCUCUGAGUAAACUCCUGAUUAUUAAUCCAGCAGCACCACACUCAACAAAGGCGGGGAGUCGACUCAGGUUCAAGCCAGUUAGCUUAGCUCGCUGAGUCAUCCUUUCUGCGCUUAACGCUCGAAUCACUCAGAGGAGGGUUUGAAGAAGGUAAAAGGGCGGAUAAAUCCUUACAGAUGUGUCUUCAAAUGAUACCUUUAGCUGUUUUACAUGCAGAGCUAGCGUUAAAGGAUUAUACAUGAAUAUGUUAUAAAUCCGUCAGAGUGCGGCAGCUUCAGCCAGCUCUCUCUAAAUGAAGUGAUAGCAACUGUCCCGUCUAUUUAAACUCGGAGCAGCUGGUUGUUACGUAACCUCGGCGGGCUGUACGAUAUCCAGAGUCGAGUCAUGACACAGAGUAAUGUACAGACAGACAGACGGACAGAGCGCUGCUUUAUUUAAAGAGGAGCGCCAAGGUAACAAUGUGGCCCCUCACCACAGCGGAGAGAGAAGAGACGGAAGAGGUAUUUUUGAUUCAUCAUCAUUUCAGUUUAGUUUUCUAUCUGCUUUUCCAUUUUCACCGUUUAAGUUGAUGUUGUAGAUUCAGAUGCACAGUUUAAACAACAAUCAGUGUUUUUUUUCACAGCUCUGACCACUGUGGUUUCUUUAAAUCCACCUCCAUCUUCACCUCAUUUCAAAUCUACGGAAGACGAUUAGGGCCACAUGAAGGGAACAAAAAUAAUUACAGGAAGGAGAUUAAGGUCGAAACUUUGAGAUUAAAACAUCGAAAUUUCGAGAAAAAAUUGCAAUUUUGUGAUAUAAAUCGAAAUUUUAAAUUCGAAAUUAUGUCAAUUAAGUCAAAAGGUCGAAAUCUUGAAAUUAAAAAUUGAAACUUAAAAAAAUAAAUUUUGUCAGUCGAAAUUUUGAGGAAAAAUCGUAAUUAUGUAAAUUUAGUGGAAUUUUAAUAUUAAAAAAUCAAAAUUAUAUCAGUAAAGUCAAACGGUCAAAAUUUUGAGAUUAAAAAUUGAAACUUCGAGAUUAAAAAAUCAAAAUUUUGCCAAAAAGGUGAAAUUUUAAGAAAAAAAUUGCAAUUAUGUCAGUUAAAUUGAGUUUUGAGAUUAAAAAUCGAAAUUGUCAAUUAAGUCAAAAUUUUGAGAUUAAAAAAAUUUAAAUCUCAAGAUUCAAGUCGUAAUUUCAUGAUUAAAAAAAUCGAAAUUAUGUCAAUAAAGAUUGAAAAUUGAAAUUUAAUUCAAGGAACUUAAAUUGAGAUUUAAGUCGAAAUUUUGACAUUACAAAAUGUUGAAAUGUCGUGAAUAUCGUUUGUCUAAUUUCGAGAUUGAAAAAUUAAAUUUUUGAGAUUAAAGUUGAAAUUUUGAGGAUAAGGUCGACAUGAAUAAAGUCCAAAUUUCAAAUUUUUUUAAAAAUUUGGAUUUUAUCUCAAGGUUUCAAUUUUUACUCUUGAAAUUGAAAUAAAAAAAAUCUCCCUCCUGUAACUAUUUCUCUUCUUGUGGCCCUAAUCCUCUUUCGUACUAAUCUGAUCAAAUUAAAACCUUAUUUAAGAUUUUUAUGUGUUCAACGUCCAGUCACUUGUGCAGAAGAUGAUGUGCCUUGAAAAUAGAAAAUCCGACGUGUUCCUCUCACUCGGCAUCGUCAGAAACCUGCAGGGGGGACUGAAAUAUCGUCUUUCUGAGUGUGCAGGAAUUUAAUAACACAUUAAAAUGCAAUACUGAGACUUUGUACACCCAUAAAAAGUGAAUAAAGUUUAUAAAACUUUUGUAGAUUUCUUUCGACAUAGGCGUGGUGGAUCCUCAUUUAAUAAAACCAUAAUAUUAAUCGAAAGCAGGAUUCCUCCAUCAUUACUGUAAAGUAGGGCUGGGCGUUAUGGCCUUAAAUCAAUACCACGAUAUAUUGAGUAGCUCACCUCGAUAACGAUAAACGGACGACACCGAAUAUACCGAUAUGGGCAAAAUGACAUUGGUUAUUGUUGUAAAUUUCGGAAUCGGUAAAUUUUUGGUUUAUCGCCCAGCCCUACUCUAAAGUAAUGAGUGCGUUGAUCGACCUUCUGCGGCUCGUGAUAAAUACUAAAUAUGUUUUUUUCUUCUUGACGUAGUUGGACCAGCGCUCCUUCAGUCCGAUCACUGUAAAGCUGCUCCUCUAACAGAGCUGCUGCUGCUUCUGCUGUUUGAUUUCUGGUGAAACUGAGACAACGCUGCAUGUUCAGGGUUUUUGAGUUCAGUCUGAUUAUAUAAUUGGAGAUCUGACGCCUUUAGGCUGAGCAUGUUGAGGUGUGUGUGCGUGUGGACUUAAAGGUUCGGGGAUUGAAAUGUGUGGUAUCUCUUACUCCACUUCAGCUGAAUGCUUUGCAUGACUCGUAUGCAUACCCCUGUGGGGUGUCAAACCUCGCAGAUAUGUGUGUGACUGAUAGCCGAGCUGUGGCGGCGCAGACGAGCGGCUGGACUCUUUGAUUUGAAUAAAAGGGGAUACGGGCGUAGUGAGCAGAGAUAACCAGUGAAUGAAAUCCACGAGCGUGAACCGCCCUCUCUCUCUCUGUUUUUCUGAGACUGAGCUGAAGUGAAAACCACAUGCAAAGUCUGCUCUCCUUUUAUUGUAGCUCUGAUCAGGUCGUAUUUGAAUUUUAACCUUCGUAGUUUUCCUCAACUAAACCCAGAACCUGUCAGAGUCACUUCUCUCUCUUUAAUUUACUUUAUUCACCAAAUACGACCUCUGCAUGAUCCUGAAGAGGAAGAAACAUCUAGAAAUAGUCAACAGUUUGGUGUUUGCCAAGCCCCACCCCCCUCAGUUACUGUUGCUAUGCAGAUUCACCACCUGAAAUCCUCAUACGUAGAGUAGUGUAUGGAGUCAAAAGGAGGCCAGUAAGCAUCGUAAACAUAUUUACAGGGUUCCUACACAUGAAGAAUUCUCAAACUUUUCCGUACCCUGCUUUUUAAAAUUAUUAUUUCCCUCUUUGUUACUGACUGGAUGGGGUGGAGUCACGUCUCUGACGUAGGACAGCAUCUUCAAGGGACAUGAGACCAUAGCCUACCUACAAACAUCCAAAACCAACUUUUAUUUAUUUAUUUUAACACCAAAUAUACUGAUAUGGGCAAAAUGACGUUGGUUAUUGUUGUAAAUCUGAGUAUCGGUAAUUUUCGGUUUAUCGCCCAGCCCUAAAAACAGUUUUAAAGUUCAAACUUUUAAGACACCCUCUUCCCUCUUGUCUGAUACUUUGGUAACUGGCGUGUCUGAAAGCGUGACAUCAGCAGCAAAGUUUUAUUUUUCCUUCUGGUGACUAAAGCUAAAAUUAGAAAGUACAUUUUUUAGGGGAAGGGGCGAAGAAAAUCGUCUAUUGUCUGAUUUUAUAUCUUGUGACAGUUUGACCAACCAAAACCGUGUUUACGCUCCAGUUUCUCCACGAGUCCUCUUCUGAUGCGGUACCCAAAACAGAGAUGUGCGUUGUGUUUGUGUGGGGUCAUGACUCUCUCUGAACGGGUCUUAAGUGUUGCUGUAAUAGACUCCACUUUCAACAGCUCUCGUCUAAGUGCCGAUAUGCUUGAACCUGUCCCCCCCUCCAGGGCCCGAAAAGAUCGACAACAGCCAAGAAGGAGUCGAAGGAGAAGAGAGAGAGCAUCGAGGAGAGCAAGGAGAACCUGAAGGCCAAGUCGGACGACUCUGGGGAGGAGAAGAACGGAGAUGACGACUCCCAGAAGAACGGACCCAAGAAGAAAGGUGAGCGUAGAUGAAGCGUUUGAAUAAAAAUACAGAUGAGCAGUAAAAGUGUCCUCACAUUUGACUGUUUAACCUUUUAAAUUAGGGGGAUUAUUCAAGCACCAUUAAAGAAGAUCUUAAAGCUUUCAUGAACUCAUAUACAAGUGAACAGUUUGAGUUUUAAAAGUCCCUCUGUGUCUCAUUUCACACUUUGGCUCACAUCGUCUUUAAUAAAAAACUCGGGGCAAUAAAUUUUGAUUCUUCACGCCGUUUAGUUUCGCUUUAUUGCGUCUAAGAAACUUCUACUUUUCAGGGAAACAUGACUCUAAAGACUUAAGGGGGAUUCCCUCUGUGUUUUUCACGGUAUUUAUCAGUCACCAAAAAGUCCAAUCCGUGUGUCUCUGUGGAGGAUGGUGGGACUGACCUCAAGUUUUUAACGGUCUCAGAAAUGCAGAGCUGGAAAAAAAAAAAACACCAACAGGAUUUGGGGGAGUACAGACAUUAAUGUGUUCACUUUCCGACAUCCACAAAAACUACAGAAACACAAAUUUUGUUUUUAAGUUUGUUUUAAAGAAACCUGCAGACGUGCUUGAUGACGUGAUGAGCUCUUCAUGUCUCUUCUCUGAAUAAACAACUAUGAGGAGAAACUUUCACAACUCUGAUCUCGGCACUGAAGCAAAAAAAAACACAAAACACUCAAACUCGUGUUGAGUCAUUUAGACUCAUUUACUCUCUCAUGUCGUCACCGCGGACUAAUUUAAGAGUUUUCAGCUGUUUUAUAAUCUGAGGGAAGUCCAAGUUUCUAUUUUUAGAGACUAACGAUGUUUCACUGUUUGAGAGUUGUCAGGAAGCACUGACAUGUCGCUGUUAUGCACCUGUCUCUGAAUCUGUACCUGUGCACACUGACAGUUGUGAUCAUCUGUAGUUCCGUUUCAGCAGAUUUAGACUCAGGCCCACGUAAACCGGCUCCUCUCUCACACACUCUCCCACACACCUUCAACCAGAUGUUGCUGUAAGCAGCGUAUAUCUGAUGCACCCUGCUGGUCAGCAGAGGUACUGCAGCGAUGAUGGUUCUUCUUCCACUGAAUGACUGAGUGAAUUUCCUCUCUCUGUGUCCGCAACCCUUUAUUGCCUUUUGUAUCAUAUUUCAUACGUACCUUUAUAUACUUCCAUCAAAUCAAUAUGAACAACAAAUUACUAAAAAACACCCUAAUACAGUCCGAUAAAUGAUAAAAAUGUCCUCUUGUGGUAUAUCAGUUUCCAAAAAAAUCUAAUGUAUCAAACAAGAUAAAUAUGUUUGUUAAAUUUAAAGGACAUUUUGAUGUUUUUGAUUUUCAGUAGUAAGUGAAAUCAACAUUUCAGCUCCAAAAAAAAUGGAAUUUUUUGGCCAUAAUUUGUGGUUUCAGGCAUUAAAGGGUUAAAGCUUUUUUUUCCCUUCCUGUGAGGUUUUGACUUUUUAUUUAAUCAUUUUGAGGCAAACAGCCGGGCACUUAUGUGGAGAUAAUUCCUGUUUAAUGCGCUUUUGAAACGAGAUUUCACAGAGCCUUCUCCGCUGCUGCCACCCCCACCCUCUGAAAUUCACUCCCCAAACCCAUCUGAGACUGUACAGACCCCCAUACCUUCAAAUCACUCCUAAAAACACACCUUUUUAAAUUGGCUUUUAACCUGUACACUGUUUUUUUUAUUCUCUUUUCAUGUCAUGUCUUUUUAAACCUUUUACAUUGCUGGUGUUUUACUCCACACUGUUCUGUAUUUUAGUUGCAUUUCUUGUAAAGCGUCUUUGAGAACUUGUAAAAGCGCGUUAUAAAUAAAAAUUAUGAUUAUUUUUUAUUUAUUAUAGACUUCCACAAAGUCGAAAGAUGAUAUUCAAAACUAGACUCUUCGGACUUUUCAUAUCUGAUGCACAUUAAUAACAUUUAAUAAACCAUCAGACUGGUUUACUUAAACUCUGUUUUCUCCUAAAGAUCCUGUGCUCCUGCCGGGUCUGAAUGACGAUUUCAUCUUUUUGUGUCACUACAAACAGGAAACAAGCACAAGUGGGUUCCUCUGAUGAUCGAGGUGAAAUCUGAGGGUCCCAGAGAACGCUCGGCCUCCAGGAACAACAGCAGACAGAAUGAAAACCCCCGUGUGCCCCCCAACGCCAGGAACGACCUCAGAGGUCAGUCGGUGAUGUCAUCACCUGUUAUCCGCACACUCAUAACCACAAACGGCUCUGACAGCUGUCCGAAGGGGUCGUAUUUUCCUUUAGUUAUUUUGUUUUAUUUUUUUGUACACAGACUCGUGAGUUUAGGUAACUAAAUAACUAACAAACUAAUUAACUAGCUAGCUAGCUAACUAACAAAGUAAUUACAGGGUUCCUACGCAAGUAUUGAAAAGUAUGGAAAUAAAUUUGAUUAGUUUCCAGGUCUUAAAAGAUAUGGGAAAUGAAAAAUAAAGUAUAGAAAAAUAUUAAUGUUUGUGGUGCAGUUUGUGCAGUUCUAAAAUACUAUUUUCUAAAAAAAAUAAUAAUAAUGUACUAACUAACUAGAUAACUAGAUAACUAACUAACUAACUAGAUAACUAACAAACUGAUGAACUAACUUAGUAGCUAGUGAAUUCACAAAUGGAUCAACUUACUUACUCGCUAGCUUACUAACAAACAAAUUAACUUACUACCUAGCUAACUAACAAACAUAAUACCUUGCUAACUAACUAACUAGCUAGCUAAUUAAUUUACUAGUCAGCUAACUAACUAACAAACUAAUUAACUUACUAACUAGCCAACUAACUAGCUAGCUAACUAACAAACUUAAAAAGUUACUAAAUAGCUAACUAAUUAGCUAGCUAAUGUACCUACUAAUUAGCUAACUAACUAACCAGCCAAUUAUCUUACAGGCUAGCAAACAAACUAACAAACUUAUAAAUUACCAACUAGCUAACUAACUAGUUAGCUAACGAACUAACAAACGUAUUAACUUACUAAAUAGCUAGUUAACUAGCAAGCUAAUUAACUUACUAGCUAGCUAACUAACUAACAAAAUAAUUAAUUACUAACGAGUUAACUAACCAGCUAGCUAACUAACAAACUAGCUAGCAAAGUAAUCAACUUUCUAACUAACUAACUAACCGUGGAGACAGAUGAGCACACUGUGACAGGUUCAAGGUUGAGUUGGUAAAACGAGAAUCAGGCACUAAUAGAUGAUGUGUUUCAAUUGCCACGUCCAGAAAGAGGAAAAAAGGGUUUUUGUUGAAAUCUGUGAAAAUACAAAAUUUUGAAAAAAUAACAGGAAAGACUUGACGGCAAAAGCGAAACUAUAAAUCGUACAGCAGUCGUUAGUAUCGGUGAGAAUCUAUGAUCAUUAGGAUAAUUAAGACACUUUCUUUAAAUUUGUGAUGAAAUACAAGAGAAAUAUGUGUGUGGAUUUGUCCUGUUAACUGUCCAACAAGGUUUCCUGACUGCGUUAAAGUUAAUUUACCUUCUUUAGUGCAAAUACUUUAUUUUUUUGUUUGUCGGUGAUUUAUUUCAUCUGUCUGUAAGUCGGCAGGAGGAUUUUCUGUUUCCAGGAAGAGUCUGAUGUUGUUUGGGUUGUUGGAAAACUGUCUUCCUCACUCUUAACACCACUAAAGUAGAGCUCUAGUUCUAUUAAAGGUUUAUUCUGUAUAAUUUCACACAGUGUUUUUGAAUAUCUAAGCCCAGGAAGUGUUGAUGUUUGGAUAGAUCCAAAUCAUUGGGUGGAUUUACAGCAGGAGAAGACACAGGCAGAUUCCACAGAGAGCUUCAGACAUGCAGAUAUAUAUGAGUGUUUAUGAUCGUAUCAAUGAAAAGCUGAUUAUUAGAGAAACAGUCGUCAUCAUAGUAUCUGCAGUGAAUCCAGGAUCCAACAUUUACAUGCUGAAUAAAUAUCUAGAAUACUUAAGCAGUCGUCUGAAUGUGAACGCUUGACGAGUUUUGAACCACAAUCAGGGACUCAGCAGAAGGAAAUGAGUCUGAAAUCCCACCCGGCUGGUUUCACGUGGAGCUUUAAAUGCCAGCGGUUAUUAGCUGCUGCUGCUGUUUGACUUGUGAGAGCAUGUGACAGCAGAUUUGAGUCUGUAGUGUUUGUGUUUGUGUUACACUGCAUCUGCGAGGCGAGCGUGCAUGACUCAGCAGCAGGAUGUGUGUGUCCUUAACUAUCGGCCACUUCUGCUUUGAUAGCUCAGCGUUUUUAAUGUAAAGAAGAAGAAGAAGAGGAAAUGAAAUGUGUCGGUGUCUCUGAGUAUUUGAUCUUUUCGUGCAGCAGAGUUGAAGCCACUGUUCGGUUGAAUAACUAAAUAAAUUUGCAUCAAACCGGAGCUCUUCUCUCCGUUUCUUCUGCUGGUCUGGACGGUGGGUGGCGUUUACACUGACAGGAUAUUGUUGUGUGUUUCCCCGCAGACUGGCACAGUCAGAAGUACGAGCGUGAGUGGCGUGACGACCACGACGAGGUGUCCAGCGUGAAGAGCGAGGGAGCGCCUUUCCGCGGAGGGUUCAGAGGUCGUGGACGUGGAAGAGGAAGAGGCAGAGGACGAGGCCGAGGUGGUGGCAGAGGUAUGUGCGCUUCCCUCCUCCUCACAGACUCUAAGAAUACAGCGAACCGCGAGUUUCCUGGCAUUCAAAACGUCCGAUGUAAAUAGAUCUUUCUGGUCUUUUGUGGUCGACUGUUUCAGUCGACAGAAACAAACAAAGACGCUGGUGAGGAUUUCGCCAUCCCGCCUGGUGUGUGUCAAACAGUUUUCUAAGAACAACUUACCAAAACAAGAAACGAGCAGGAGAGCGUUGUUGUGACAGAAACCUGCUGUUUACGAGGUCGCAUGAGUAAACGGAUGAAUCAGCCAAACUGAACCUGCUGCAGAGGUGAUGAGCUCCUCAUGUCUCUUCUCUGAAUAAACAACAAUGAGGAGAAACUUUGAUAACUCUGAUCGCAGCAGAAAAGAAAAAAAACAUGUUAGAGGUGGGGUAGGCAGGAUCUGAGGAAGGGCCUGUUUUUGGGAGAAAUCUUGAAUGCAAACUCUACCCCUCCCAACCAGUUUUCCCCUUAGCUCCUCCUCUCCCCUCCCGCUCUGCUCCAGCAAGCCCCGCCCACUACCCCACCUUUAACUUGUUGAUGCCGAUUCUCAUUCUGAGUAGUCGUUGCGAUUGCUUCUUUCUUUGGUUUGGGUUUUUGAAUUUAGAGGUGGGGUAGGCAGGAAUCUGUUAAAGAAGCAUCUUUUUUUGUGGUGUAUUUACAAAAAACUUUUAAUAUCAGUCAAUAGUUAUUAGUUAUUGAUGACAUUUGGGAAUAUAACGAUAUCACUGUGUUUUGUUAUGUCUGUGUCGUCAACAUUUUAACAUUUUUGUGCGCUCCGCUCUUUCUGACGGUAAACAAAGCCAUUCUCCACCUCCCUCAACUUGAUUGAUUGUGAGGCAGACGCUGCUCCCUCGUGUUGUGAGGCGCGCUCCACAUCCUCCAAUAACGUUCAGGAUUCCAAACAAAGUUAGCGUGCUACAAUAUCGGACAGUAGAAACCAACCAGAAAGUUCAGAAAAUUGUCUGAAUCCUCCUUUGGCCACGACUGCCGACACAAGCAAGAAAACAGAGUAAAUACCGGAGACUCUGGAGGAAUAACGGGCGCUUAAAACGGAGGUAGAACGGACAAGAGCUAAAAAGCCGGGUCAACAUAAACGAUGGGGGACGCUUGGGGAUCUUGGUGACUCUGUAACCUUUCUGCUGGACAGGUAAACCGCUUUAACAAAGUAAGCCAAGUGUCGGUAACAGAAGUGUUUCUUGUCAAACGGACCUGCUGCGUGUUGUAGCGCCGCUAAACUGUUGACCUCGGGUCCUGGACUAUGUCACUUUAUCCUAGUUGUAGAAGUCCUACAAACAUUGUGUUUGCUGGUAGUCUGUUGGCAUCUACAGAAGCACCAAUGCUUUUUACUUUCACCUGUUUGUGGGCGGGGCUUCUGGAUCAGAGAGGAGGGGAGAGGAGGAGCUGAGGGAAAAACUGGAACUUCCUCAGAUCCUGACUACCACACCUUUAAUCCGUGCUGGAAGUGGAGCGUUACACAAAUGGUCUAAAUGUCGACUCUGACGGUAAAUAAACACACACCCAGAGUCGAGAGCAGACAGCCGACUGAAGCAACGGCGAGGUCAUUAAAGCAGAAUUUAAAUAUGAUUUACAAGACCACUUUUAAACACUUAGAAAAUGGUCCAAAUGAAUCCGCAGGAACACGAUCAGAGUCUGUGGGUCAGCAGAGCGACACAACCGGCCUUCAGUCCAGGAUGAUAUCAGGUCAUGCACUCCUUUGUUGGAGUUAAUCAGACACAGAUGCUUUUAUUUUCAUUCAAAUUCUGAAAAUGUGACUUUUCAACACUGCUCUCAUUAUCACAAAAACAAAAUGUGACGACGAAAGAAAAGACGAAUCUGCAGACGUCUGUUCAAAAUCAAACGCCUUCAUCCGUACGUCUGUUUCCACAUUUGAAUAUUUUUUCUUCUUGAACGACCUUUUGACCUGGUCUGAGUCUCUGUCUCUCCAUCUAACCCAUUCUUCCUGUCUUUCUGAAGGCCACUAUGACUACCACUAUGGCUACAAGUCCUACGACAUGAAGGACGGACCGUACGGCCUGAAGUUCAACAACACAGUGACCUACUACUACGACAACAUGAGCAGCAACGACCUGUACUCGGUGGACCAGGACCUGCUGAAGGACUACAUCAAGAGGCAGAUGUGAGUUUGAACCCAGAGACGCAGGUUUCUGAUUGUCUGGACUCGCUGGAGACGUGAUGAGCUCUUCAUGUCUCUUCUCUGAGGAAACACCAAUGAGGAGAAGUUUCACAACUCUGAUCUCAGCGCAGACCUGAACCCGAGUCCUCUUUACAUGAUAUUUACAUUUCAGCACAGACUCUCUGAGGCUGCAGGAUCGGUCCAGACACCGUACCUAAAACUCUCAGAGGUCCUGGAUCGGUUUUCUGUUUGAUCUGAAUUUUUCUGUCACUUUUAAAGUGUGUGCUUAUCCUCUAACUUUAGCUUCUUAACCGUCACACUAACGUUAAAAAUGAACGUUAGCUUUGGAGCAGCGAUUUAAAAAAAGGAAACUUCUCAUCCUCAAAUUUUCUGAGCUUCAAAAACACGACUUUGUUUUUAUUUUCAUCCAUGAGAAUCUGAGUAAACACAUUUAGAGCAGCAGAGCUUCUCCUUUUUUAUGGCGUGCACGCUGGUGGCCGGGGGUUACCGUGGUAACCAGACAUGCUGUGUCUAUCCUAUCUGAGUGCUCUUUUUUUCUGCUGUUAAGAAGUAUUUUAAGAAGAGCCGUUCGGUCUGAUUUUUAAAGAAAUAGAUGGACGUCUUCUAAAAUAAAAUUUACUGAAAUGAUAUUUUCAGAUCAACAGAGUUGGUCUCAAAAAUGACUCCAGAAGUGAGUUUAUUGAAUCACUUUAUUUCAUAUGUGGAAGGUCGACACCAGCAGGGAAAUGUUUCACUCAAGUCUGACUCUUGAGUUAAAGGGAUAUUCAGACGUAAAAUUAAUUUAGGGUUAAACACACCGUAACACCGAGUUAGACACCCCCACGGAGAUUAAUGUUGCCGACCGCUUGCUUCUCUAGUUAUACCAACUUUAAUAGCAAUACAGAGAACCAUGCGCUCAACCAAAACACCACAAAUAAUGCUCAGAACAGCACCUAACUUCAUCAACAGGACAUAUAGAGUCCCAGCCAUAGUACUAGCCAUCAAACAUUUUUCUAACUUUGCCUAAUUUCUUUAGCAAAGAGACUAAACACAACUCACCUACUCUCUUCCAGCAGCCGCUUGUUUUGUAGCGAGACCUCGGGCCAGUCCAUUACGGACUACAGCGGUGUGACGCAGCUCAAGGAAGAACAUUUAUGAUCAUUUCUUUAUGGAAAUACAAUCAGACCGAGACGCUAAAGCAGAAGAACUACUGUGUCUGCAGUGCAAAAUGAUUAAUAUGAGGAUUAUUACUUCAAGGAAAUUAUCAUAAAUGUUCUUCCUUGAGCUGCGUCACCCCGCUGUAGUCUGUAAUGGACUGGCCCGAGGUCUCGCUACAAAACAAGCGGCUGCUGGAAGAGAGUAGGUGAGUUGUGUUUAGUCUCUUUGCUAAAGAAAUCAGGCAAAGUUAGAAAAAGUUUGAUGGCUAGUAGAUGGCUACUAGAUUCAGAUUCAGACAUUAUUCAUCCCCGAAGGUCAAUUAAUUUCACAGAAAUAAAAUAAGAACUAAAACAAUCCUGAGAAUUUCAACACAGGCCACCAUUCAGCGACUUCCCAGUGUUUAGCAGCCUGAUCGCUGAGGGGAUAAAGGAGUUUGAGUACCAAUUUGUUUUCUUUAGGGGUGCAUAGUAGCGCCACCCAGAGGGUAUAAGAGAAAAGUUUAACCCCAUGUUUCUGACUGUGCGUCUCUCCUCCCUCUGCAGCGAAUACUACUUCAGCCUCGACAACCUGGAGCGAGACUUCUUCCUGAGGAGGAAGAUGGAUCAAGAAGGUUUCCUGCCCAUCGAGCUUAUCGCCAGUUUUCACCGAGUCCAGGCGCUCACCACAGACGUCAGCCUCAUCAUGGAGGUAAGACUGGACCUGAGAUCAACCGGGAGAAAAUAAAAGGAGCUCAAGUGAUUUAUUAAACGAGGAGCGAUUAAAAAUAAAGGUUAUAGGGAAGAAGAUCUGCUUCAAAGAUUUCAGAUCCUCCUGAUGAUCUGAUUUAAACUCUGACAGGUGAGAGUUCACUGUUCCCUCUCUCUCCUGUCAGGCUCUGAAGGACAGUAAAGAAGUGGAAGUGAUCGACCUGAAGAUCCGUCGGAAGGUGGACCCGGAGAAGUGGCCUCUGCCGGGUCUGGCCAUGCCAAACCAAACACACACCGACUUCUCCCAACUCAUCAACUGCCCCGAGUUUGUCCCCCGACAGUUGACCGAGGAGCCCAGAGGUGAGAUUUUAGAGGAUCACAGUUAAAUCUGAAUCCUGAUUCUGGAUCAUAAAAGUGUCUCUGAGACCCUCUCUGUUUGGGCUGCAGGAUCUCCUCGGGUGUCCACGCCGGUGAAGCAGCAGAACAGGUCUGAAUUGGACAUCUCCAAUCUCAAGACCAUGCCGAAGGGCCUCUCCACCAGCCUGCCAGACCUGGACUCUGAGUCCUGGAUCGAGGUGAAGAAGAGACCCAGACCUUCACCAGCCAGACCCAAGGUCAGCACGGAGAAGGUGAAAUUCAGGACUCCAAACUCACACAUGAAGAUUUCAUUUGCUCAAAUGUAUAAAUCAUGAUUUCAUAAACACAAAGUGGUCGUUCGCAUCUUCAAACUCUGAGCGAACGCCGUCAAACUCGAACCAGAUCAUAUUUCUGAGUCAAAUCUAAAAAACUAGAAGACACAGUUUCUGCUUUUGUACAAAAAAAGAGACGUUUUCUGUCAUUUAGACGAUUAAAUCUGAAACUUUUCUAACCAACACGACAAAAGUCUUUUAAACGACACGAUAAUCUCAUCUGUCCUCCUUCAGAAAUGUCUCAUCUGUUCAUUUUGCUCAAGAACAAAGCUGCUGCACUUCUCCUGAUCGUGACUUUUUAUUUCUUUAUCCAUCUCCUCCUCCUCCUCCUCCUCUCUCCUUUGUGGUUGGCGAUGAAGGCCCCCUCGUUGCAGCAGCAGCAGCAGCCGAAGGAAAAGGAGGACUCUGUUCGCUCUCCGGUCCCCCACUCGGGCCCCUCGCCCUCCCCCGCUACCUCAGGAAACAAGGUGAGUGAGACAACGUUUCCUGCUCUGAUCGCACGUUUCUUCGUCUUUUUACUCGUAUUAAUUGGACGGCUGAAAAGACAGAAAAAAUGAGGGAGAGACAUGAAGCAGUGGAGGGUCAGGAGGAACAGGUGUUGUGUUUUUGUGGCGCUCAGAUGCCACUCCAAGUUUAAGAUGUUUAAACUUAAAUUUAUCUGAAUUUACCUCAAAGUUUUCUUUAAAAGACUCACAGAUGAUCAGAAAACUGUUGCUAUCGUUGUCCAUGUAGAUUCUUAUUCAUCCAGGUCAUGGUUUUCUUGAAGACUUGCCUGAUUUUGGAGUUUUGCGAUCGCUCACAUUCAUUCAUCUGUCGUUUCUGUGUCUGUGUUUUGGUUCCCGAUCAGGACGGGGCGGAGCCGGACGAACCCGAGGAGCUGGACUUCAUGUUCGACGAGGAGAUGGAGCAGAUGGACGGCCGGCGGAACACCUUCACCGACUGGUCGGACGAGGAGACGGACGGCGAGAUCGACGACCACGACGUCAACAAGAUCUUGAUUGUCACGCAGACGCCGCCCUACCUGAGGAAGCACCCGGGGGGCGACCGCACGGGACAGCACACGUCACGAGCCAAACUGAGCAGCGAGCUGGUCAAAGUGAUCAACGACGGGCUGUUUUACUACGAGCAGGACCUGUGGGACGACACGUACGAGCCCGAGUACGCCACCAUCAAGGUGAGGAGGACGUUUAUCAGAUCGAACGCUUUUAUUCCUGAGCGACUGAUCCUGAUAUUUUAUUUUGAAAUGUGGUUAAAGUACCAUUAUCGGCAUGUUUCUGUCCUCCAUGACAGUGAAAAUGUGAAACAGUGACAACCCGAAUAUUUCUAAAGUACAUGAAGAGCUGCUACUGAAAAACCUCCCUAACAAAGCAUCUUUAACAUUUUAAUUCCUAUAUCGUCACCCAAUUAAAAUAAUGGCCUAAGCCAUUUUUUGAUGAAAAUGAGUUUUUGAUCUAAAUCAUCUCCUGAGCUAAAGUUACUUAGCACAGAUGAAAGAUAAAAACUGUUAAAGCACACAAACCAUCGUCAUAUCAGAAACCCGACGCUAUGACUCUCCAUAAGUUGUCUUUCAGGUCGUUAUCUUUGUAACAUUUGUGUCUUUAUCAAAAAUCACUCUGUUCUCCGACAUGUUAACAAUCAGCCGGUCUGUCAUGUUGGAUAUACCGGUGAAUCUGACGUCGCAACAACACGCAAUCUGAUUGGUCAGAAGUGGACACACAGUAUGCGAAACUUUUGAAAAUUCGACCGUGAUCCGAAAAAAAAAAAAUGCCGCAAUAACAAUUAGAAGAGGAGAGUGCUGAUCAGAAAUGAUAAGAGUUUCUGAAUGUGGUCCAGAAAAAGGUCCCAAAACCUUUUUGAAUUUUUCGUCAUUAUCUACGACAGAGUAACAAAUCUUCUCAGGGUCUAAACAAGGAGUUUAUCUUAUUCAAUUUAUUUUAUUUACUUUGUAUGUUAAGAAAAUGUUGAACUAAUCUCUAGUUUAUUUAGUUUUUAGUACAGAGUAGGGCCCGACCGAUAUGUUUUUUUUGGGGCCGAUACCGAUUAUUAGGGAGGGUGAAAAAUUGGAUUAUCGAUUAAUUGGACGAUUUUUAAAUUUUUUUAUUAAUAUAUAAGAAAUAUAUAUAUUCUGUAGAUAUGAACAGUAUACUAUAUACUGUAGUAAAUUAGUCGGACCCCAGUACAGAUGCUUUAAAACUGGCAGUUUAAAAAAUGUUGUGACAAUAAUCGAGAUUGGACGAUAUGACAAAAUAUAUCAAAACAAACAUUAUGCACAAACAGAGGAAUAAUUGAUCACUUUUAAUCGACAAAAAUCAGGUCAAAGAAGCGUUAAAUGUCCUGAGAUCAGGUUUUUGUUUUUUUAGCUGUUUAGUUUUUAUAAAAAAAAAGACUCGUACAGAAAUCUUUGCGUCUCUUUAUUAACCCUUAAAUGUCCCUGAAGGUCACACGCUGUUCUGACAGCUUCCCCGUUGUCCGAGCGCCAGUUUUUUUGAGCACUGGAGUUUUUCUGCUCGUGUUUGUGUUUCCUCUUCAGUCAGAGCGGCUUCUGGAUAUGGAAACAGACAGGUGUGUUUGGCUUUUUGUUGUCCUAUUGUCGCAUUGUCGAGCUCAUUGUGAGACCUUCAGCGCGUCCACACAUCCAGCUGUGUGUGGAACGACGCGCUCUUUUUUUCUCCCUUUUUUAUAAAUAAAACUCACACUCACACACACACACAUUUACACACACACACACGGCCUGGGCCUGACGGGCUGCAGGGGGAGACAAAGAUGGACGCUCACGGAUCUUGGAGGAGGGAGAGGACGACUGUGAGUCCCACAUCAGGGUCUUGGUGUCAGAUCUAGAGGUCUUCUUUCACGUGUACUGAGAUUUCGGUCCAGCGGCUGUUGUUGUAGGAGGAUCAGGAGCUGGUUUUGUUAUCAGGAGGGGGUCACUGGUGGAAAAUUCAGGGUCUCUGUGUUGAUGUAACCCAGCGUGUCGUUGUGCCGCGGUCAGAUCAGUCAAAGAGACGUCAGCAUGAGGGUGAAAAAAGUCUUUCUGGCAGCCAUGUUUUGUUGCUGCAUCUCCAUCUCCAGAUUACUGCAGAUAAGGUCGGCGGCGGUGGCGGCGGCGUGGAUGGAUCUGAGAUCCUCUCGCUCCGUUUGUUUGUUUGAUUUUUACUCUUCACGCUGAACCUGUUUUCAUGUUUCAAUGUUUCUCCUUUUACAGCAAGAAGUGGAGAACUUCAAGAAGGUCCACCUGAUCAGUCGUGAACAGUUCGACUGCCUGACCCCUGAGCCCCCCGUCGACCCCAACCAGGAGGUCCCCCCAGGCCCCCCACGACCCCAGCAAAGUAAGGAUAUUUAUUAUUUAAUCAAAAUACAUCUGGACAAGUGUGAUCGUCUUAUCGGGUUCAGUAUAAAAUCCGCCUCGUGUCCAAACUCCUGCUGGUGUUUCAGUUUCGUCGACAUUUCCAGUUUUGUUCCUGACGUCAUUAUUGAAGUUUGAAGGUCAGAAAGGUCGACAGUUUUUCAGUUUUAAGCUCCUCCUGGUUUUUGUAAAGUGAAUCGGUCGGUCAUCACUCAGCAAUUCUGUGAUAAAAGAGUUGAAGACCUGCUGACCAGAGUCAUGGAGGACUAACAGUGACCCAGCUAAACCCGGGUUCUGAGGACUUCUUCAGAUUAGGAUUAGAGACACUAAAAAACUGUCAAACAGACGUCCAAAUAUAAAUAAGUGUGUGUCAGAAUUUACUAAUUUAACUCAUUUGAUAAGUAAAGACAUUGAAAAUAUAAUUUAAUUUAGAAAAUCCAGUGUAAUCCAAUCUGCUUUACUUCUAUAUCACAAUUUAAAAAACUACCUAAAUCUACCAAAGUGCUGCACAAUGAAAUGAAAAGUACAAACACUGCUGCUGAAAAACAUUUAAAAUGAAAUAAAAUAAAUGAAAUAAAAACACAAAAGUAUAAAAGGAAUAAAAGUGAUAAAAGAACAGAAAUCACACAACUCUCAUGCUGAACUAAAAGCCAAGGAAUGAGUGAGUUUUAAGACGUGAUUUAAAAGUAGAAAGUUUCGGGGAUGUUUUCAUCUUGAGUGGCAAAAAAUAACUUUUUGUUUUAUGUGUUCAGUUUUAUAAAAUCCUGUUCAUCUAAAAAUCCGAUCAUUAAACCAGGAGCUUCAUCAUAUAACAAAGGUUGUCUUAUAUUCGGUCAUUGGGGCGUUUAUUUAUGUGAUUAACUUUCAUCUAUAAAUAUCCGUAACAAAGUUUUUUGUAUUAAUGGUGUAGUACAGAGCCUAGAAGGUGACAUGAACUUUUUUUUUUUUUUUCUUUUUUUGCACGUUUUAUACAUAUCUCCUAAGUGCAAAUUAACUGUAUUUUUCGCACUAUAAUGCACACUUCAAACCCUUUUGGCUUGUCGGAGCGCUGCAGCUAAUGUAGCCUCAUGGAGUCAUUGAAUGAGUUAAAUAAUAAUCUGACUGUUUAGUUUGGCUUAAUGCGCUUUAUAAUCCGGUGCGCCUUAUAGUGCGAAAAAUACGGUAUUCGUUUUUUGCGUAUGCAUUUUCCUAAAUAAUCCUCUGCGAGCCUCAUCCGUGAGAGAAGAAGGACAGUGUCACGGACAGAGAGCAUAUUAUUAACAUUUUCUUUAAUUUAGGUUUGACUCACAAAGAGAUACCGUCUUUGUUCAUCUCUCUCCUCCCCUCUUCAGUCCCCACAGACGCGUUGGCGAACAAACUCUUCGGCGCCCCUGAGCCGUCAUCGAUAGCUCGCUCACUCCCUACUACUGUGCCUGACUCGCCCAACUACCGCAGUGCCCGGACGCCCCGCACGCCUCGCACACCGCACCGGAAAGACCCGACGAUGACGCCGCGCUUUUACCCGGUGGUGAAGGAGAGUCGGCCUGUCGAUGCCAAGGUAAGAGGGGAAGACCGCCGUGAGAGGUCUGAUGAGUCUGUGGUGGUCCAAUGAGAAGUUCAGAGAUUAAAAACCAAAUCCACUUCCUCUAGACGCCCAGAAAGAGGAAGACCCGACACAGCUCCAACCCCCCCAUGGAGUGUCACGUCGGCUGGGUGAUGGACUCCAGAGAGCACCGAUCCCGCACCGCCUCUGUCAGGUGAGGCUUUUAGUUUUUGUCCAAAUGAAACAACAUUAAAAAUCUCUGUUUCUCUUCUUACAUCUUAUCUGUUUUUUUUUUUUCCCACUCUCAGCUCAAACGCCAGCCCGUCAGAGGGAACUCCUGUCCUGGGAAACAUCGGCUGCACGCCUCAGUCCCUCCCGAAGUUCCAGCACCCGUCACACGAGCUGCUCAAGGAGAACGGCUUCACGCAACACGUUUACCACAAGUACCGCCGGCGCUGCCUAAACGGUACGCUGACCUCCUCUACCUCACACUCGAUAAUCAAUCAAACUUCAUUUUUAAGACACUUUUCAUACAUAGAAUGUAGCACAAAGUGCUGUCCAUUCAAACAGGAUAUUAAAAACAAUGAAGUAAAAUAAAUAAAAAUACAAAUAACAAACCCCACCCACCCUCCUGACCCCAAUUCAACACAUACAGCAGUCACACACACUGAUGCACACACAAAAGUCCAGGUGAGGACUCUUCAACUUUCCACAGAGGACUGAGGAAACACUAUCUUGAGUUAAAAAAAGGAUGAGGAAACACUGGAUCUGUUCUGAAACGAGAACUGAAACGUUUGCUUAUCUCCAGUUUUUGAAAUGAGCCUUUUUUUCUCGUCUUUCCACCAAUCACAGAGAGGAAGCGGCUGGGAAUCGGCCAAUCGCAGGAGAUGAACACACUCUUUCGCUUCUGGUCGUUUUUCUUAAGAGAUCACUUCAACAGAAAGAUGUAUGAGGAGUUCAGACAGCUGGUGGUCGAGGACGGGAAAGAAGGAUACAGGUGAGGGUCCGAAUCAUCAUCAAUCUGAGAUCAGUAUUUACAGACAGGAUUGUUUUUUUUCUUCUUUUCCACAUCAUGUGCUUUUGAUUUCAUGACAUUCAAAAAGGAGCUUUCUUCCUUUACUUUAAUCUGUUUGUUUCUCGUUGUGUUUUCGUCGCAGGUACGGGUUAGAGUGCCUGUUCAGGUACUACAGCUACGGUCUGGAGAGGAAGUUCAGACCAGACAUCUUCAAGGACUUCCAGGAGGAGACCGUCAAAGACUACGAGGCUGGUAAGGACAGAAGUAGUCACCAAAAAGACCGUCUUUUUUCCUGAUUUAGCAGCUUCCUCUUUUUUUCUAACUUUUCUGGGUCGUGUCUCGUCUCUCGUCCUCAGGCCAGCUUUAUGGACUGGAGAAAUUCUGGGCCUACCUUAAAUACUCCAAAGCCAAGAAUCUGGAGAUCGACUCCAAACUGCAGGAGUACCUGAGCAAGUUCAAGCGUCUGGAGGAUUUCAGGAUUGAUGUGAGUGCUGGAGUCUCUGCAGAGUUUGGCAGAAAAAGGAAGAAACUGCUGAUUUCUGUCGUGACUAAUUUUCGUUUUCUUUCCUUAGCCGCCGAUGGAGGAAGGAGGACGCCGGAGACACUCUUCCAGUGGAGACGGUCGCCGCCGGCACCCCUCUCAGCCCUCCAGCCGGCCCCACAGCCAGGCCAGCUCCGGCCCCAGCCCCGCCCCCGCAGCCAAGGACGAUGCCAAACCCACCAGCCAGAAGGCCGCUGCCGCCGCCGCCACAGCCGACCCCGCGCCAGAUGCCAAGACACUGAAGUAACUCGACAAAGCCGCCGGCCGACAUGGAUUGACUACACCUGCAAGUCGCUGGUUCUCUGCAGCAGGAGUGGGGAGGGGGCGUCCCGCUUCACAUCAAAGCAUGAGCAAAAUUUUUCUCCCCGAGAAUUUUUGAUUUGAGAAUUUUUCAGUUUUAAAGUUUUUGAAAAAAGAAAAGAGCGUCUUUGUCUUAAUGAGGCACGAGUGUCAAACACUUUUUUUCUUUUACCAUCAUCUCCGGGCCACACGGUGGACGGUUACCGAUGACUUUUUUUUCUUUUUAUUUCAUUUUAAAGUUUUCAUGCAGACCCCCCCUCUCUGGCACUGGGACCCCUGAUCGAUAGUCACCACCCCGCUGGCUGAAUGAUGUUCGUCUCCUCGCCCAGAUAUCAGAUUUGUGAUUAUUAUUUCUUCGGCAUGUGGUGCGUUUAAAGACCUUUGGAAAUAGUCUGAAAUAGUUUGAACGACACUGAGCAUCUGACAUCCCGCGCUGGAGGCCGCGCUGCUCUCGACAUCUAACCGGACCAAAGCGGUUUGAACCGAGCGACUGACAUUUCCAUCUGCAGAGCCCCCCUCCCCUCCUUCAGGGGCUGAAAAUCGAAACCUUUGAUUUGCUUUAUGGCUGGACUUUUGAGGGGGACGAUCUUAACGAACCAAAUGAGAAAAGCAGAGAAACACAGACUGGUUCUUCAGAGCCCUCAGUAUGGACAUGCUGAAAGUUGAAAGUUGCCUUAUUUUAAUGGUUUUACUGCUUCUAACUUGUGCCGCCACCUUCUCGUUGAGUGUACAGCAUCGAAGAUCACCAUGUAUCUGCUCACCGUGUCCAGCAGAGGCCACCAGGUGGUGCUCUGUCUGCCAAACUGUUCUCCCCCCUCCUCCUCUUCCUCCUCCUCCUCCUCCUCACUGUCACCUCUUCUGAACUGUCUUCCAAGUCUCAUCGGUCUGUUACAAGUCCUGUAAUUCUUCCCUGCGUUUGCGAGUCGUGGCUUUUUGUGCUGAAACAACCUGGUGGAAGUUUGUCGCCUUUUCCCUCUCCUGAGAUGAAAAAAAAAACAAAAAACAUGAAGUGGGGUUCAGUUUGGGAAGGGAGACUCCUCCUCGGAUGAUGAUCUCUCUAUGGGUGCUUUCUGUCUUUCUCCUCCCCUCUAUGCACAAGCUGCAUCCAUCUGUCCAUCCAUCCAUUCAACAUCCCUCCAUCAUCAGCUGACGACAGUGGCGAUCAGGACUGGAAUCACCAAUCUGGAUUACUUGAAGAAGUUCUGAGGUUAUAUUUUUUGGUGCUCCGGGUGGAGAUACCGGUGAGGAUCAGGCGUUUGGCUUCCGACUUCACCCCCGAAACUGAAGUUCUGCCGCCGCUGCCGCUUCUCCACGUUUCACACACACAUCAUCAGACACAGGAGCGGACACUGACAGGCGUGGUCACACUACACGCAGGUACGGAUGUAGCAGCGUGAGCAGGACGAACACAAACACAGAAACACACACACAGACGCACACGCAGCUCCGGUUCUUGCCUCUCGACUGGAUCGUUUUGAUUCCACUUUGAUCCGUUCAGGUCCACGCUUCGGUCAAGUCAUCUGAUAUCAAACUGGAGAUCGAUUCUUUCUUCUUCCUCCUCUAACGUUAAUGUGAAUUUGAUCGAUAAAGACGAACCAUGACAGCUCCCUGCUCCUUGUUCUUUUUGUUUAGAGGACAGAUGAUAUAUUUGCCUUACUCGUGUAUGUACUCUAACUUCUCUUUUUUUUUAAAAUGGUCUCAUGAUUAUCUUUUAAUGCUUUUUAAUUUCAUUUUGCAGUGUUUCUAGUGUUGUUGUUAUUGCUGUUGUUGUGAUGGAAGUCGGGUUUGUGUCAGGCUGUUAUCAAAAUCUGUGGAUUUCAGAAACGGGAACAUGAUUCAUAACACAAAAGGGAAAGUCGCCACCAGGGCUUCGAAAGUCUCCGAACGUUUUCACACAAACGUUCUUUUGUUGAAGUCGACUGUUUUUGCUUCGAUGGAAGAGCAGCGUUUCCAAUAACAAACUCUUGAAAGUGACUGAAACUUUGGUUAAACCGUCGCCCUCCAGCUUGUCUGUAAACACUACAUCUGCAAAUUUGAAAAAACACAGAUUUGGGUCAAAAGGAGCAAAAAAAAAAAUAAUCCAAAUAUUCUGGUUGAAAUGUCUUAAAAACAAAAAUGGAGGUCCAGAUGGAAUGACUCACUACUUUCUGUUGUCAUACUACAAUAUUUUACGUUUUUGCUCCUGGUUGUUGAGCUUUUACUGUGAAAGAGCAGUCACAUGACGUGAAGCCUGAGAGUUUGGAGGUGCAGCCGUUUGUUUUUUUGUUUUUUUUUGUCCUUAUUCAUGAGUUAUCGUUCAGCCUGUUGGUUGAUGUUCCAGCAGAGAGUCCUGUCAGUGUUUCUGUUCGUCACUUUUUUUCCAGAGUAGUUGGAAACAUGAAAAUGCAAAGCAAAGCUGUAUUUGUUUUUUCUUUAUUUGAUUUUUUUUUUUUUUUUGUUUUAUCUUCAGGGAGAUUUGGAUCAUUUUCAGACGCUUGCCGUUGAUGCAUCAAAAGUGUUUACUGGAGGUUUAAAGGUGGAAAAAAAAGAGCUACAAAAUAUCCAGAAUUAAAAAAAAAUGUGCAUUUCCCAUACAGCCAGUGAAGCCUUUGAACGGGUGCGCUGGUGUGUGUGUGUCUGCAGAUACAGCAGGCAGCCACUAGGGGGCCUUCUUCCUGGGACAGUCCCAUGAUUCCUCCCUCUAAUGUGAUCGUCACCUGUCACCGGACAUUCGUGGGUUUCAGGUGUUAAGGGAGUUUUCCGCCUUCUCUGUCAGCGAAGAACUGCUGCUAGCUGUCCAAACAAACUCUAGGGGGCGCCGCAGCCUCCACUUGUCAGUUUUACACGGACUCUGCUAGCGGGCCAGACACUGGAGAGAUGAGUGAUGGAAGAAGAAAUGGUGGGAGGAGCAAAAUGAGAGAAAAGAAAGAAAAAGAUCCCAGCUGGGGUUUGAGAUGUUGCUCAGAUAAAUAUGGCUGGUUUUGAUGUCUGGAGACUGAAAAAAAAGGACAAAAUUCCAUAAAGCCAUAUGAAUAAGAUGUAAGUGUAUAUGAACCAUCAAAAUAGUUCAUUGCAUUACAAUAUCCUAGGCUUGUCAUGAGGAAAAAAAGAUGAAAACCAGGAAAAAAGGAAUAAAAAAAAUAUAUAAAAUGGAAAAAUGUAAAAUACUUGAAUGAGAUCUUGUAUUAUAACAUUUAAUAUUCAUAAUAUCUGCUUUGUAGGCUGAUGUGAUUCGCUAUUAGUGUUAUUUGUAAUUUGUAGUAAUUAUGCUUUUCCUUAAUAAAGAAAAAAAAACACAAAACGGACAAAAAAACCUCAAACA